AUGAAUCAGUGUGAGGACAGAGAGGAGGGGGCCCCUCCCUCUAAAACCACUCUGUGGGGGGAACAUGAGAGCCAGACCAAAGCUCAGAGGUGAGAUGAGGAUCUCCAACUGUCCAUGACUCUUCUCCAUGUCAGAGCUCAGCACUCACAUCACUCCACGAUCACUAUUAUUCACACUCAGACCUCUGUCUGUCUGUCUGUCUGUCUGUCUGUCUGUCUGUCUGUCUGUCUGUCUAAGACCUGAACAGCAGUAUAGACCAGACUCCCCUGGACCUAGACCUGGACCCAGCUGUCUGUCCUUCCUGAGUGACCGGUCUAGAAGUCUAAUAAUUGAUUUCAAAGUUGGACCUCAGUCUGAUCGUCAAAAGUAAUAAUCUAUAACAGCAGCACUCAAACCUGGAAGAUUUUCAGUGUUCUUGUUUCUUCAUCAGUGUUUGUGUUUCUGUCAGAGUCAAACAUGAGAGACCAGACUCUCCUGGACCUGGACCUGGACCCAGCUGUGUGUCCUUCAAUAGUGACGGGUCAAUGUUCAGACUUCAUGAUUUCAAAGGAGAGAUUUGUGAUGAGCAAAGGUGAGACUUUCAAACUGAACUUUCUUUUGUUGUGUGUGAAACUUUUCAUCCUAACUGUGGUCGGUGUUUUCUCUGUGAAGGUGAAGAUUUUUCAGGGUUUGUGUUUCUAUCGGGAUCCAACAGCAGUAAACAGGAUCUGAGCCAGAAAGACCUGGACUCUGCAUGUAUCUUCAUGUGUGUCUGUAGGAGGAUCCAGCAGUGUUUCUACCAGGAUCCUCUAGAUAGACUCUCUCACAUGUAACCCUGUGUCUCCUUAUAUUAUAUCCACUACAUUAGAUUCUGUUUGUUCCACAGAGUUCAGCAGCAGAGAUCAGAGGUUCCCAUUGGUCAGUCUGCCCAGCAGCAUCAAACACAGCUGGACUCCAUAUUUAUGGUAGGUGUAAAUGUACAAACACAGCUCCUACUGAUCAUCAGAGCAGACACUCAGUAUAUUUGGAGGUUUCUGGAUUGUUUCCUAAUGACUCUGCAAACAUCAUCUCUGCCUGAAUUAUCUUCACACUCACAGUUUGACUGAUUGAAUGAAGCCUCACAUUUAUGACCUGCACAGAGUCAGAGGUCAGAGGUCAUGGUGGACGGUGGUCCAGGAGCAGAGUUCACAAACUGAGUCCAGUUUGAGGUUUAAAGAACAGAAAGACUUUGGUUCAUGUCGAUGACAGCUGCUGCUUUCAGCUUCAUUCUAAUAAACACAUCACCUCUAAAGUCACUGCAGACUUUUUCUCCAUGAAACCACACCAGGAGGUUUCUCCAAUAUGAAGGUCAGGUCAUAGAAACUGGAUUUGUAGAAGACAGGACCAUCCACAAAGUCAAUCCUGAAGCAGCAUUGUGAUCCAGUCUCCAUACUGGACUCUGCAGACCAGCAGGCUUUCUGUCUGUCACAGAUGAUCUGAUGUUCAGUUCUACAAGUUCAAGUUCACAUUUUGUUCUGUUCCAGCUGCUCCAGGAGAACAUGAUCAGCUUUGUAAAGGAGCAGCUGAAGGAGAUCCAGAGAGUUCUGAGUCCAGAUGAACCAGAAUACUCAGAGAGUCCGAGGGAGGAAGAGGAUGAAGAGCAGAGGAGGAGCAGAGAGGCAUUUCUGAAGAUCACUGUGAACUUCCUGAGGAGAAUGAAGCAGGAGGAGCUGGCUGACUGUCUGCAGAGCAGUAAGAGGAUUUGAAGAGAUUUAACAUGAUGGAGACAACAUGGGAGAGGUUUAGAGUUCAGACUCUGCUGUUCAUAUAAUGCACACAUUUGUAUCACAUCUAUGAACUGAGAGAAACUGAUCACAGCUGAUGAGCUGAAGAGAUUUCAGAGAGGAGGGAAAUCAAAUCCAUCCUGAUGUCUUCAAGUGUAAAUUCAUCAGACUGAUUGUAGCUUCAGAUGAUUCAUCACAUUUCUUUUUGUUCAUUCAGGAUCUGCUGCUGCAGAGUGCCGACACAAACUCAAGUCCAACCUGAAGGAGAAGUUCCAGUGUGUGUUUGAGGGGAUUGCUAAAGCAGGAAAUCCAACCCUUCUGAACCAGAUCUACACAGACCUCUACAUCACAGAGGGAGGGACUGGAGAGGUCAACGAUGAACAUGAGGUCAGACAGAUUGAAGCAGCAUCCAGGAGAGCAGAGCGACCAGAAACAACCAUCAGACAAGAAGACAUCUUUAAAGGCUCACCUGGAAGACAGGAACCAAUCAGAACAGUGAUGACAAAGGGAGUGGCUGGCAUUGGGAAAACCGUCUUAACACAGAAGUGGACUCUGGACUGGGCUGAAGACAAAGACAACCAGGACAUCCACUUCACAUUUCCAUUCACCUUCAGAGAGCUGAAUGUGCUGAAAGAGAAGAAGUUCAGCUUGGUGGGACUUGUUCAUCACUUCUUCACUCAAACCAAAGAAGCAGGAAUCUGCAGCUUUCAACACUUCAGGGUCGUGUUCAUCUUUGACGGUCUGGAUGAGUGUCGACUUCCUCUGGACUUCAACAACAAUCAGGUCCUGACUGAUGUUACAGAGUCCAGCUCAGUGGAUGUGCUGCUGACAAACCUCAUCAGGGGGAACCUGCUUCCCUCUGCUCGCCUCUGGAUAACCACAAGACCUGCAGCAGCCAAUCAGAUCCCUCCUGAGUGUGUUGACAUGGUGACAGAGGUCAGAGGGUUCACUGACCCUCAGAAGGAGGAGUACUUCAGGAAGAGAUUCAGAGAUGAGGAGCAGGCCAGCACAAUCAUCUCCCACAUCAAGACAUCCAGAAGCCUCCACAUCAUGUGCCACAUCCCGGUCUUCUGCUGGAUCACUGCUACAGUUCUGGAGGAUCUGCUGAAGACCAGAGAGGGAGGAGAGCUGCCCAAGACCCUGACUCAGAUGUACAUCCACUUCCUGGUGGUUCAGUCCAAACUGAAGAACAUCAAGUAUGAUGGAGGAGCUGAGACUGAUCCACACUGGAGUCCAGAGAGCAGGAAGAUGAUUGAGUCUCUGGGAAAACUGGCUUUUGAGCAGCUGCAGAAAGGAAACCUGAUCUUCUAUGAAUCAGACCUGACUCAGUGUGGCAUGGAUAUCAGAGCAGCCUCAGUGUACUCAGGAGUGUUCACACAGAUCUUCAGAGAGGAGAGAGGACUGUACCAGGACAAGGUGUUCUGCUUCAUCCAUCUGAGUGUUCAGGAGUUUCUGGCUGCUCUUCAUGUCCACCUGACCUUCACCAACUCUGGAGUCAACCUGAUGGAAGAAGAACAACAAACAACAUCUUUAAUCUCUAAAAUCUUCAGUGUCAAACCAAAACUGAACCAUCUCCAUCAGAGUGCUGUAGACCAGGCCUUACAGAGUCUGACCGGACAUCUGGAUUUAUUUCUACGUUUCCUCCUGGGUCUUUCACAGCAAACCAAUCAGGAUCUCCUGAGAGGUCUGCUGACACACACAGGAAGUAGCUCACAGACCAAUCAAGAAACAGUCCAGUACAUCAAGAAGAAGAUCAGUGAGGAUCUUUCUGCAGAGAAAAGCAUCAAUCUGUUCCACUGUCUGAAUGAACUGAAUGAUCGUUCUCUAGUGGAGGAGAUCCAACAGUCCCUGAGAUCAGGACGUCUCUCCACAAAGAAACUGUCUCCUGCUCAGUGGUCAGCUCUGGUCUUCAUCUUACUGUCAUCAGAAAAAGAUCUGGACGUGUUUGACCUGAAGAAAUACUCUGCUUCAGAGGAGGCUCUUCUGAGGCUGCUGCCAGUGGUCAAAGCCUCCAACAAAGCUCUGUAGGUGGACUCAUGAGAGAUGAAACAUUAUUGUUCAUGAGAGAUGAAACUUUGUGUCUGUGCUAAUCACUGAUUCUUCUUCAGGCUGAGUGGAUGUAACCUGUCAGAGAGAAGCUGUGAAGCUCUGUCCUCAGUCCUCAGCUCCCAGUCCUCUAGUCUGAGAGACCUGGACCUGAGUAACAAUGACCUGCAGGAUUCAGGAGUGAAGCUGCUGUCUGCUGGACUGAAGAGUCCUCACUGUAAACUGGAAACUCUCAGGUCAGGUUUUCUGCUGAUUGAGUUUUGUAGUUGUUUGAAUUAAAUUGUCAAACAUUGGUACACUUUUCCUUGUUUCAUGUAUUUUUUCUGACUCCAGGUUAUCAGGCUGUCUGAUCACAGAAGAAGGUUGUGCUUUUCUGGCCUCAGCUCUGAGCUCCAACCCCUCACACCUGAGAGAGCUGGACCUGAGCUACAAUCAUCCAGGAGACUCAGGAGUAAAACUGCUGUCUGCUGGACUGAAGAAUCCUCUAUGGAGACUGGACACGCUGAGGUAUAACCAGACAGUUACUGAGUCACAGACAACUACAGAUAUAUUUGGUUUCUGCUGCCUGAGGUCUUCACCUAGCAGGUCAUCAUUGGGGACCAUCUUUCUGAUGGACUCUUGGAUGUGAACUGUGUCAUCCUGGAUAGUAGCUCUGAUGCUCACUAGUUCUCAGCCUCCCUCCUUCCUCUUAGUGUAGACCCUCAGGGUUCUGGAUUCAGGGUGAAAACUUCCAUUUGAGUAUUUUGAGGAGCUUUCUUGUCUUGAUGUCAGUGGUCUUUAUAAAGAACCAUUUUUAAAUGCUCUUUAUGGAGGACCGCAAGGGUCGCAGAAAUUAAAUAGAGUAUUUUUAAUUGAAAAGGUUAUUGUACUUUUAAAACAGGAAUUCAUAAGGUGGUUUCCAAAUUCAUGAGUUCAUCCAUGAACAAAUCCAGGAAUCAUAAAAAGAGUCUACAAAUGAAUCUGUACAAAAGUUUAUUCUUUAACCCUCGGUUCUGGUUAAUUUUAAGCUCCAUGCACCCUACUUUGUCUCCAAAACAGAUAGGUGUUGAUUAAAUAAUCAUUUUUAAACAUAUUUUUUUUACUUUUUUCAACUCAUAUCUCUCGAACAACUUCAACCCUGAUCAUUUAAAAAAAUAACGAAUAGAAAAUUCGAUGUGUGACCCUUUUUAUGCCAGUUUUUGUGCGCCAUAUUGCUGCUAUUUUUAAUGGUAAAAAACACAAAAUCACCAUAUUUCCCAUAUAAAAUGACCUAGAUGAAAAUAUUUUUCUUGAUAUGCCUGGGCCAUGUCAAUGAUGAGAAGUAAAACUGAUUUUGUCUCAUUUAAAUUCUUUUUGUAGUUGUUACGCCCCACCUGAAGGCGGCCCUAUGGGGCUAACAACUAUCCUCAACUUUUUACCCAUCAAAUUAACCAAAACACCUUCAAAAGUUUAACACGUGAUUUAUUGUGAAAAAACAACAAAAUUGCAAACUAAACACAAAGCACCCACAACACAAAUGAGAGGCAGCAGGGCAGCAGCUCCCCACCAAAUGCCUCUCCAGACUGCAGGCAGCUCUGGGCUUUUAGACUCCCAGCACCAGGUGAGUCUGAUUGUCACUCAAGUGAUUUCACCUGGGCAGCUAUGGAGAGACAAAAGGGGAAAAACACAUGCAAAACAAACACACAGCCGUAACACCCCCACCCUUAAAACAAUGAAUAAAUCAUUUGUACUGCAAAAAUAAACACCACAAUUGCACACCGUAAAUCCCAAAUAAUACAAACAUUUAUUCAUUGAAUUAAAGUGCAUUGCGUCAACUAUGUUAACACAAGAACUAACUAAAUGGGUGUUACUCACCAAGGCUGUUUGUCACAAAACACACACCACUGCACAAGCUUAAAAAAAACCUUAACUGUUCACCAAAACUGAAGACAACCACUGCUGACAAAAAGGUGCUAAAUGGGUCGUGAGGAAUACAAUCUUAAAUUAGGGCCAAGGAAGAUGCUGCAACCAAAUUCAAGAGCAUCCAUCACAAAAGCAGCCAAUUAAGUGGGUGCCACUCCCACAAAGCAAAAUGGCUACUACCAUGAGGUUAACACAAACACAAAGAGCAAAACACUAAAUUUGCCAAUACCACACACAGUAACAGAUGUCCAACACUAAAGUGGAGUGAGCAGUCACACACAAACGGAUCAACAAAAGUAGUAAAACUACAACACUGCUGUCAUUCACAAACAGCACACAGAGAUCCAACAAAAGGUGACUGCCACCACCACAACACAAAUGGACACAAGUCUUCAAAAGACACACAAGUUACUGUGAGAAGGCUGGCAACAAGCCAAACGAACGGAACAUACAAUUAGGUAUACGAAACAGUAACACACAAGUGACCCACCAAAUGUGGACUGCAAACCACUACACAAAAUGGUCACACAGUAGUCACUACUACACAACUGUUGCCACCUUACACCUAAGAUGCAACUCACACAUGACCCACCAAAUGUGGAGAGCAGUUACCACCAACGAAUGGUCACACAACACAAGUUACUGCACACAAAAUCCUAAUUGUUAUCACCCAGAGUGACCAAGCAAAAAUGGGUAGUCUUCUGAAACACACAAAAACAAAAACAGUACUAUAGAACAAAACAAUUUCAGAGCAAAAUGAGUCACCCCAACCCCUACCUGCUUAAGAUGUCUGACUUACCUAACUAGUCUUCAGUGGCUUGCCGAGCUCGAGGCAUCACCUAAGUGUGCCCCCUCCUCAGGAUUACCACCAAAAAUAAGAAAGGCAAAAUAAAAAAGUGGCAAGCUCUUCCCUGCCCGGCGACUAAAUAAUCAGGGUGCUCAGAAGUUACAAAUAAAAGCAACUACUAAUGAUCGUGACAGAAACAGAAGACUAACAAACCCAAACUAUGGUCACUAGUUACUAGAGGAAAAAAAACAACUUCAAAGAACCUCAUGGAUGUUCGAUCCCGGACGAGCCCCCAUUUGUUACGCCCCACCUGAAGGCGGCCCUAUGGGGCUAACAACUAUCCUCAACUUUUUACCCAUCAAAUUAACCAAAACACCUUCAAAAGUUUAACACGUGAUUUAUUGUGAAAAAACAACAAAAUUGCAAACUAAACACAAAGCACCCACAACACAAAUGAGAGGCAGCAGGGCAGCAGCUCCCCACCAAAUGCCUCUCCAGACUGCAGGCAGCUCUGGGCUUUUAGACUCCCAGCACCAGGUGAGUCUGAUUGUCACUCAAGUGAUUUCACCUGGGCAGCUAUGGAGAGACAAAAGGGGAAAAACACAUGCAAAACAAACACACAGCCGUAACAUAGUGCAAAUUUUUCGUAUCUGAAGCUCCAUCCAGCCUACUUUGUCUCCAAAACAAACAUGCAGAUAAGUGUUCAUAAAAUAUUUUUUUUAUUUUUACUUUUUUUUACUCAAAUCUCUUGAAUAACUUCAGCCCUAACCAUUAAAAACGUAAUGAAUAAAAAAUUCCAUGUAUUUCCCUUUUUAUGCCAGUUUUUGUGCAACAUGUCAUAUUUAUUGAUGAAGUGUUCUAAACAGCUGAGUCUACUGGGGCGGAAAAACACGCCAAUUUCACCUCCUUUUCUGGAGCCUCGCCCUCGACCAAAUCAAAUGCAAUUCAAUUCAUUUGUUUAUAUUAAAUUAAUUUUAUAUAUAGGCAUAUAAAAUCAGCAGAUAUCUGUAAGAUAGGAAUCAUUUAUGAAUGUUUAUCCUCCUCUAACCAAAAUAUGACCGUGAUUACACUGAUAUAAAAAUAACUGCAUAUUUGAGAUGUGAUAUCUUCUCCCCUAAUGAUCUGAAGGACCUGUUCAUCCUCAUGCAUGUCCAUCCACCUGCUCUGAAGUGAGGACAAAGUAGAAAUUGUCCAAAUGUCCCCCUCUCUUUGUCCCACACUGCAGAACUUGGACGUCAGAUUAUCGACUGUAAAAACUCACGUCAUGCCCGGUUCUAAACAUGGACGCAGAUUCUCAUCCGUGCACACACGCAGGAGCACACAGACGUCUCCUUUCACACAUAUCCCACUCUUAGACAUCCAUAUCUAGUGUCAUGUAAAGUUUCCUUCAUUUCUGAUGAUGUUUAGUGGAUGAAUCUUCAGACUCUCUCAGUCCAUGAAUGAAGACUUGCGUGCUCAGCGACUCUGAAGGGGUUAAAAUGAUGUGCGGCUCAGUCUGUUGUCUCACUGUGGGAAAGUCAGAUUUAGAGCCCUGCUGAUCGACUGACUGCAGAAAAAAGGUUUAAUAUGUUGUUAUGGUGCCGUAAACACACGCUCAAAAAACCUGUUUUUAAUGGAAGUCUAUUGGCCGAUUUGAGGACAAAGGAGGGUGGGUGGAGCUAAAAUGACGGAGAACUACAGGAGACACUAAGUUUUUUUUUAUAUAUGUAGAAAAAUAAGAACUCUCACCACAUUUGAUGCUCCAAUCUUUAAAAAUGUGACUGUCAGCUCAAAAUAAAGAUGGAAAAAAAAGACAAAUGUCCUCAAAACGGACAGAGUAGGAACCGAGGGUUAAAAAAACAUGAAUGUAUUCCCUAAUCAAUACUUUAAAAAUCAGUCUGAAAAUACAGUUUUAAAAAUGAGAAAUAAAGAAGUGAAUUGACAAACUGAAGUAAGAAUACAGCUUUUAAUCAGACAUUUAAAGGACAAUUCCUCUUUUUAUUUCCAUUUCCUGUCUGCUUUUCCUUUUCCUGUUAGCUAAUCGAUUAUCAAAGUCUUUUAUCUUUCCGUUCCUACUCUUUAUUUUUCCUUUCCUCACACUUUGGGCCUUGAGCUGGUAAAACCAGGUAAAACAAUACAGAUGAGCCAUGAAACAAGCUCUCUGAUUGGUUAUAACCUGGCCUAUUACAUACAGAUGUCUGCAGGGAGGUGAAGAUGAUGGAGGAUGAGGAAGAAUAGACCUUAUCCAGUGUUCUAGGUGGAAAGAGGUCCAAACCUGGAUAUUGUGACUCUGUGGUCAUUUCUCAGCUCCCUGAUUGAUGAACAGACACACAGACUAAAAACAGAGAUGAUCAGGAGAAAGAUGGGCUCAUAUUUGAAGUUCAAACACAUUUGACAGUCCUUUAGCCCACGUCAGAACUCAGAGAAGAUGCUUUAUUACACCUGAUGUUACAAGAUGAAGGUUCACAUCUAGUUGAAUGAUCAGAGCAGAACAACAUUCAGAUCUCCUCCAGAUCCUUUAUUUCAUUCAUCCAUACAGACCAGGAUCAACUCUCCUGGCUGACAUGGGAAGGUCUUCUCUUCUUGAUUUUCUGCUCUCUUUGUUUGGUGAACCGUCAAACAAACCCUCAGAGCUACAGAGAAACACCUCUUUCAUACAUCCACCCUCAGUCAGAAACAUGGACUCAAAGUACUGGCUGCAGAAGUGGGUUCAAAGGAGAUCAGAUAGUCUUCAUUGAGCUUCAUCAGCUGAGCUCUACUGCUUUACUGGCACAGCUACAUUCAGUGAGAGCAGCAGCAGACCUGUCAGUCAUGAUCAGGUAAGCUGAGGGGCUGUUUGAGGACAUGCUCUGACUUUGCUCCACUUCCUGUCCAUCCCAAACUGCAGGAAAUCCACCUGCUGUUCCAGGUGUGAUGCUCCUACUCCCUCUGCUCUAGCUGACUCUGAAUGAUCCAAGAAGAGCCUCACACACUCACAUGAGUUCAUCUGAGAGCUUUCAUUUCAUCUUCAUUCAUAUUUUGAAGAAGAGAGCCCACUACUUCAUCUCUCGAUCUGCAGACAAGCUUUCAAGUCUAUUUAGAAGGAGCUUUUUAGACCAAAGUGUGGACAGCUGUCCUAAAAGAAGAAAUGAAGGUCUUUUUCCAAAGGGUCCAAAUCAAGUCUCCAUGUUGUAGGACAGACCAGCAGCCAGCCUUUGCUCUUUGAAUCUUGUUGUUUUUCUGUGAGUUUCUGUCAGAAAGACUCAGAAAAAGUGACAGAGUGAUGGAGACUGUUGGCUCAGAUGAGUUUCAGCCUGUUUCUCUGUCACAGGGACAAACUGAGGAACUCUGCUUCAUGUUGGACAGCAGGUAGGACUCAUGUUGGACACUCAAUCAUUCUGACUGUGUUUCUUCCUCCAGGGUGGACCAUGGUGGAGAGCAGUGGUUAAAACCUGGUCUGAAGAAGUGUAAGUGUUGAAUCAGUUUGACUCCUGAUGACCAAACAGCAGACUGUCAGCUAACAAAGAAGAAAGCCUUCAGGUGUGUCUGAUGAUAACCUGCUGCUGUGUUGUGUCUUUUUCUCUCUGUCAGAUUUCUGUGAACUCACACUGGACUUAAACACAGUAAACAGAUUCCUCAGGCUGUCUGAAAACAACAGGAAGGUGACAUAUGUGGGAAAGUAUCAGUCAUAUCCUGAUCAUCCAGACAGAUUUGACUUCUGGGCUCAGCUUCUGUGUAGAGAUGGUCUGACUGGUCGCUGUUACUGGGAGGUCGAGUGGAGAGGAAAGGUUUAUAUAUCAGUGAGUUACAGAGGAAUCAGAAGGAAAGGAGAGAGUUAUGACUGUAUUUUUGGAUCUAAUGAUCAGUCCUGGAGUCUGUUCUGCUCUGAUGAAGGUUACUCUGUCCUUCACAAUCACAUAGAAACAGACGUCCGUCUCCCCUCGUCCUCUGUCUCUCACAGAGUAGCAGUGUAUGUGGACCGUCCUGCUGGUACUCUGUCCUUCUACAGCGUCUCCUCUGACACACUGAUCCACCUCCACACCUUCAACACCACCUUCACUCAACCUCUCUAUCCUGGGUUUGGGUUCUGGUCCUGGUCUGGUUCCUCAGUGAGUUUGUGUUCUGUGUAGGAGGGAGAGUCUCCUCCUCUCUACACAAACAGCAGCUGAAGAACAGUCGACCCUCUGCACUAACUCAAACUUUAGCUGAUUAUCUGACUGUUUGUAUCCUGUCACAUCAGUCUGAAUGUCUGUUAUCAAAGAGCAGGACUCCAUGUCAAACUGGCUCACUGAACUGGACUGAUUUCUGUCUCUAUGGGGGAAAAAUCUGCCUCAUUCAGCACAUUUUUCUUCACUGUAUUGAUCAGAAAGUUUGUCUGAACAGUCAGAGUCAGACUCCUGAAACUCUUCUUCACCUGCACAGGUGUUCAUACCUGUGUUUACACUGAUGAAGGUCAUGUCCUCACGAGACUGCAGGCUGGUUCACACACAAACAGAAAAAUGAGAGCAAAGCUGAGAGGAGGAUUAGAAAGAAGUGAAGACAGAAAACAUGAAAAUCUGGAGCCGGAGCAGCAGACUGUAAACAGAGGAGAAAGUGAACGUCACCUCUUAACCAACAAACCUGCUUUAGAAAUCAUUACAACUCAAAUCAAAGAGAAAAAUCACAAUGAAUGAAAAAAGAAGGGUGAAAAAUUCAAGAGGAGUAAUACAGGUGUAAGAAUUGAUGUAAGGAUGUUUAUGAAACAUGAACUCAAUAAAGAAAUCUAUAUUCUAACAGCUGUCUCAGUUUAGUUCUUACUAAUAAUCAAAUAGAUAUUAAUGAUGUUAUUGGAUGGAUCUGAAUAUUAAAAAUCAAUUCUAAAACUUACCAGGAGCCGAUGAAGUGAAGCUAAAAUAGGAGUUCUAUGAUCUCUGGUUCUGGUUCUAGUUAGGAGGUGAGCUGCUGCACUCAGGACCAGCUGUAACUUGUGUAAACUCUGUUGGUUCAGACGUGUGAACAAAGAGUUGCAGUCGUCCAGAACUGCACAUGUCAAAGUUGUAACAAGAGUCAAUGAGGAAUGAUGUGUUCGCCUCUGGCCGACAUAUAUGUCAACUAUUAGUAACUGUCGGCAACGAAGAACAUUUCUAAACUGACUUUUAGUGCAAAUUAUACCUUUCAAUUCCCUCUCCUCAGACUUUAUUAUUCAAUUUGCCUUUUUGAAACAUGGGUUAUGCAUGUAAAAGUCAUAAAAAAGAUGUUUUAUUAAAAGAAAGGGCUGUGUGCAUAGAUAUGCCUUUCUUAUACAUCUAUGACGGUGUGAUUCUACAUGUUGAGACAGAGGGGGCAGCAUCCUAGCGCUCCUCUAUUGACCAGCCGCCCCUGCUUCUGGAAUUUAGAUCUAAAUUUUGACAGUGUGCUUUCUGCAUGAAAGACUAUCAACUUUGGAGCAUAUUACAUAGUGAAGUGAGUCUCAGACACCAAAUCUUAGAACAAAGGUGAGGUGCUGGCUAUUGUAGUAAAAACAUACCACAGCUAUACAUAUUUUGUGUAAAUAAGAACAUCUUUUUAUAUUUUAUUGAUUUGGUUUUUAUUACACUACCACUCUACCUCCAGAAAGUGCAAUAUUUCUCACCAUGCUGCUAUUUUACCCUUAGUUUUUAUUGUUUUUCUGUUUAUUACAUUAAACACCAUCAUGCUGUAUAUGCUGAUAUGGAAGCCAAGCAACGGCAUUUGGUUGCAGAGAGAAAUCAAAUAAAGAAAGAAAUAAAGAAGGAAAGAAGGUCUAAGUCUAUUUUAGAGCACAAUUUUCACGUUUUGUGAAAAAGUUUCUGUUUCUGACCUCUUUUGUUGGUUUCUAAUUAUUUAUAAAUAUGUUGAAAUUAAAGUGAUGCCACUAAGACUUUUGGAUUUCUCUGGAGAUACAAGACAUGAAUACUGAAAUUUCACCAAAGUCACUAGAACACCGGUUAUGAUUUGGACAGGAAAAACAGCUAACCCAGAAAACACCUUUCACUGUUAAUAAAAUACUACUAAUGAAGGUUAAAUCUUAACCAGUGGCGGCUGUUUUUUCUCUUGGGGGGGGUGCACUUAUUUACCACCCCAGAAAGCAGAGAGGGCAAUGCCAAAACACAAGAAUUGAUGUACAUUAUGUUCACAACCAUUUUAUGUGCUUUGACUAUAUAUAACUACUAACUAGGUUACAUCUGAGCACUUCUGCUGAGUCAAAUAGAUAAUUAAAUGCAGGUGAAUGUUACCAGUUAUUGAAUUUUCAUUUAUCUCCCCAGUGUUUGAUAUCUUUGGUUCCAGAUAAGAUAUAACUGGUACACACAAACCCUUAAAAUCUCCUUUUCCAUCAAUAAAUAAAUCAAGAAUGGAUAAAUAUGCAUACCUGUCUGAAUCCAGGCUUGAUCAGUUCCCUUGGUUUGGACAAACAGACAAGGUUUAGAGUUAGCAUCCAGUUAGCCAAGAUAUCUUCUCAUACCAGCUCCGUGAAAAAGACCGCGAAAAUCUCCUCCCUUUGUCUUCAGACUGCUGUGUAAUUAAUACGUCCGGCCGGUCAGUUCCGAGCUCCUUCACUCUACAUUCCUCCUGCAGUGUUCUCCUCUCGUACAGCAUUGUUUUCAGUGACUUUACUGAAUUUUCUCUCUCCAUUUUCUCCUUUUUUCGGCUCUUUCUGUGGCUCCGGCGACACUCUGUGCUCUCCAUCACUCGUUUGGUGGUUUUCUUUAAAGGCAACCGCUCGCUCUCUGCUGCCACCCCAUGGCCGGUGGUGAAAAGCAGUAAAGUAAAAGCGACCAGACGGAGACAGGAGGGCACGGUCAAACUGCGCCCCGCUGUAUUGAAGAGAAACGAACUGCGCAUAUCAAAGGGUCAAAGACAAACUGAAAACUCUCAAGACUGGACGACAGGGGAAUGACAGUCAUGUGUUGGUCAGCAUAACACCACAUGCCACAUGAUUAAGGUGGCGCUGCAGAGAUCUCUGAGAGUCAGAUCUGUUAUCUUUCAUGUUUAGGAGCAGAAACCAGAGAGCAGAAGGUAACCACAUCAUUAUAAUGAAGCCUAUCUAAUAAUGGAUAAUAGAGAGGCUCUUCAGCACCUUUAUAGGUACUGUAGCCUGUAGCCUCACUUUUAUGAAUUGUUGUUUUUUAUGCUUUCCAACAAAGAUAACUGUAUUUGUUGUAAUUCUGUUGUGCUGACUGGGGGCAGCAGACUCCUGUGACAAUCUUUGGAAACCUACAUUUAUGAGAACAUUCACACUCAGCUUUGUCCUGAACGGUGCGGCUUCGUUUCCUGAAAACAUGCCUUUAAAUGUUUUUCAUCUGUAACUCACAGCGCUCUUUGGCUGGGGCCUCCAAUUGACUCAAAUUGAUAUUUUGCAAUCAGAAAAUAACUGUUUUUAAUGAUCAACAUUCAGAAUACUCUUUAAAAACUUUUUAAUCAAUAUUCUGUCCCUGUAUGAGCCAUUUUUAUUCCUCACAGGAAACAGAAUAGGACAGAGAAAUAACCAUGUUGAUGGUGCUUGCUUCUAAAGAUCAGAAAGAAGCAUCAGUUUUACGUUCAGUGUUUCAUCGCCUGCUGAAAACUCCACAAAGGAGCUUUAAAGAAAGCCGAGCCAAUAUCAGGAAGUGUCCAAUGUUUCCUGUGUUAACUUACUGAGCUGCACUAAGAGGAGGAGCGACUGAGAGGCAAUUUGACGCCACAUUUCCUGAAAUAAAACCGAAAGUUGUUCUCAGUCCAAGCGGAGCUGCAGUGGAGUUAGGUCGCUGUUUCUCUCUGAGGACAAAUUUUACUGAAAUCAUCGAGUUUUUCUCAGAAUCUCUUUCCAUCACUGGUGAGUGACCGACCCACAGAGAUAAAAUGCCUGAACUAAAGAUUUAAUUCCGUUCUAGUUCAAAUCGACAUUUCUUUUUUGUAACUCCUGUUUAACUCGAAACUGUUUUGUCCCCAAAAAAGAUAUAUAACAGAUUAAAUAGCCAAAGUGACUGCUUUCCCCGGAGAUAAAUAUGUCUCCCUGGGAGACGAACUAUGGGGUUAGUUCAUGUCUGUCUGAAUGCAGUUACACCCACUCAGCAGACGGACCAUUUCCUGGCCUGUUUGUGGCUUUGAGCAGGAAGUCAGCGAAGCAGAGGAACCUCACUAAGGCUCAGUAUCACCUUGUGUUAAAAGACAAACGCAGAGAACGACAAAGAUAAAGAAGAUAGACUUUGUUGUAACAGCUUCUCUCUCUAUUUCUCUCCAGCUGUUAAAACUGUCCUUGAUAUUUUGAGGGGCUUAAAUUUGUCCAUGUCUCAAUUUUUCAUAAAAACCCCCAAAAUACGUCUCCCCGGGUGCUACGAGCUACGCAAUCUUUGUACGCCCAUAGGCUGUAUCAAGCGUCAAUCAUAGACAACAUGAACCCCCUAAUAACUUUUAAAAAUGGAGCUGUACAGAAAAAAAGAGGACUUGAGCACAAACCAGUCUGACAGUAACUACAUGUCAAGAGUGAGUUUUGUGGGUGUGGGUGUUUCCACACCGCAGCAUUAUCAGCAGAGUCCACAUGGUCUGCAGUGGGGCCCUGUAGUUCUAGCCCUGCCAGGCUUAGGAAGGACUCUCUUUGGAGGACCUCAGGGGGGUUGGUUAAUGUGGUGUGAAAGUGGCUGGAGCAGUUGUUUCAGGAGCACAUCUGCUGCCACUUAACUGGAUGGUCUCAUUCUCCAAUAAAUUUGAACCUAAAAUAAGACUUCAUAAACAAUAGACAGUAUUAACAAAAACGAAAGGUAGUCUUACAAUAAAAAUCACUUAAAACUAAUUUACAUACACAACAGAUAAAGAACAUUUACUUUUCUUUUACUCUUUUUUGGCUGGUUCUUCUGUUUUUGGUCACAACUAAAAGGCUCAAAAAUCUCCUCUUUCUCCACUCCUCUCUCAUUUCUCUCACUCCUUUCUCUUUUCCGCUCCACUCCACAGUUAUACUUAACAUUACUUCUUUUUUUUAUAUUAUCUCACAAGUCACUGAGACAAAUUUGGCAAAGCUCCACUGCUUCUUUCAAAUCUUAUCGCUCCAUGCUGAAACCUGACACCAUAGUCUGGCUACUUCCUGAUUAUCACGUGAGUUUUUGUAGAAACUUCUCUGGGGUUUUAGCUCCACUUACUGACCUGCUUAAAUCAAGUGUGACCUUUGCUUGGUCUCUGGUGCGCGAAAAGGCUUUUGAAAUCGUAAAGUUAUUGCUGUGUAGGGCACCAGUGUAGGCUGCCACCAGGUUUGAUUGUCCUUUUGCCCCUCCAGGUAGACACCAGUCAUGUGGGGUUCUUGCAGGCCGAUGACUUUGGGUUUGAAAAACCAGUCAGCCUCUUUUCUAAGAAAUGUAACUCCUAUCAGUUUAAUUAUUCCACUAUAGAAAAGGAAGUGUUGGCAUUGGUUUGGGCCUUCAGAUAUUUUGAUCUGUGUGUUGGUUCUGGUUUUGUACCCGUGGUGGUCUACACCAACCAUAAACCUCUGACUUUCCUGUGUUCGUUGCAGUGCCCCAAUCAGAGACUGAUAAGAUGGUCAUUGUUGUUACAGUCAUACUGGCUAGACAUAAGACACAUUAAGGGCCCUGACAAUACAUGUGAUAUCAGGAAAGUCAGAGUUUGAAAGAGCGACAUUGAUUUCAGAGUGAAAUAAAUUUGGUCUCCUUCAUUUCAAAGGUGAACCUCAUGUCAUUUUUCUGAGUCUGUUCCACUGAUUUGGGGUUGAGUCAAAGUUGAAUUGGACUCCUCAUCAGAAGAUCUCUCAUGGUUGGUUCUUUCUGGAGCAGACAGAAGGAGAACUUGAAUGUUUCCACAUGUACGCAGGUUUGACUCUCAGUCACAUCAGAUAUUAUCCUGGAUCACUCUGAGGUUUCUCUGUCUCGUCCUGACAGCAGGUCUCUCUCUCAGGGUCCUGCUGUGUGACUGGAGCUGGACUCUGGUUCCUGGGUUUUGGUCACUGAUUUCAUGUCUGUUCAUGUUUGUAGACUCUGACUGUUCAGUGAUGAGAGUGUGACAGCGUCCUCAGAUUAAUGAUGAUGAACUGAUGAAGGACGAUCAGCUGCAGUCUCUCUCUUUGUCUUUCUGCUACAGGUGAAACAGGAAGUGGAUCUGAAUUCACCUGGUGAGUAUUUUCUUCAUUCUGUCAAACAUCAAACUGAAAGUUUUCACAUGUCUUCUUCAUUUUGAACAGAACUGGACUCUGAAUGGAUCCAGAUGAGCUCUCUAGUAAACAGGAAUAACUGUGGCUCCAUCUGAUGGUAGAAUCUGGAACGACACUGUGGUAGAGGACAGUAUGUGGCUCAGGUUGUACUGACUGAUCAUGUUGUUGUGUUUGUGUGAAGGUGGGGGCUCUGCUAUGAAUCAGUGUGAGGACAGAGAGGAGGGGGCCCCUCCCUCUAAAACCACUCUGUGGGGGGAACAUGAGAGCCAGACCAAAGUUCAGAGGUGAGAUGAGGAUCUCCAACUGUCCAUGACUCUUCUCCAUGUCAGAGAUCAGCACUCACAUAACUCCACCAUCACUAUUAUUCACACUCAGACCUCUGUCUGUCUGUCUGUCUGUCUAAGACCUGAACAGCAGUGCAGACUAGACUCUCCUGGACCUGGACCGAGCUGUCUGUCCUUCAAGAGUGACCGGUCUAAGGGUGGAUGGAUUGAUUUCAAAGAUGGACCUCAGUCUGAUCUUCAAAAGUAAUAAUCUAUAACAGCAGCACUCAAACCUGGAAUAUUUUCAGUGUUCUUGUUUCUUCAUCAGUGUUUGUGUUUCUGUCAGAGUCAAAUAUGAGAGACCAGACUCUCCUGGACCUGGACCUGGACCUGGACCCAGCUGUGUGUCCUUAAAGAGUGACCGGUCUAAGGGGCGACUAAUUAAUUUCAAAGAGGGAGAGAUUUGUGAUGAGCAAAGGUGAGACUUUCAAACUGAACUUUCUUUUGUUGUGAAACUUUUCAUCCUAACUGUGGUCAGUGUUUUCUCUGUGAAGGUGAAGAUUUUUCAGGGUUUGUGUUUCUAUCAGGAUCCAACAGCAGUAAACAGGAUCUGAGCCACAAAGACCUGGACUCUGCAUGUAUCUUCAUGUGUGUCUGUAGGAGGAUCCAGCAGUGUUUCUACCAGGAUCCUCUAGAUAGACUCUCUCACAUGUAACCCUGUGUCUCCUUAUAUUAUAUCCACUACAUUAGAUUCUGUUUGUUCCACAGAGUUCAGCAGCAGAGAUCAGAGGUUCCCAUUGGUCAGUCUGCCCAGCAGCAUCAAACACAGCUGGACUCCAUAUUUAUGGUAGGUGUAAAUGUACAAACACAGCUCCUACUGAUCAUCAGAGCAGACACUCAGUAUAUUUGGAGGUUUCUGGAUUGUUUCCUAAUGACUCUGCAAACAUCAUCUCUGCCUGAAUUAUCUUCACACUCACAGUUUGACUGAUCGAAUGAAGCCUCACAUUUAUGACCUGCAGAGAGUCAGAGGUCAGAGGUCAUGGUGGACGGUGGUCCAGGAGCAGAGUUCACAAACUGAGUCCAGUUUGAGGUUUAAAGAACAGAAAGACUUUGGUUCAUGUCGAUGACAGCUGCUGCUUUCAGCUUCAUUCUAAUAAACACAUCACCUCUAAAGUCACUGCAGACUUUUUCUCCAUGAAACCACACCAGGAGGUUUCUCCAAUAUGAAGGUCAGGUCAUAAAAACUGGAUUUGUAGAAGACAGGACCAUCCACAAAGUCAGUCCUGAAGCAGCAUUGUGAUCCAGUCUCCAUGCUGGACUCUGUAGACCAGCAGGCUUUCUGUCUGUCACAGAUGAUCAGAUGUUCAGUUCUACAAGUUCAAGUUAACAUUUUGUUCUGUUUCAGCUGCUCCAGGAGAACAUGAUCAGCUUUGUAAAGGAGCAGCUGAAGGAGAUCCAGAGAGUUCUGAGUCCAGAUGAACCAGAAGGCUCAGAGAGUCAGAGGGAGGAUGAGGAUGAAGAGCAGAGGAGGAGCAGAGAGGCAUUCCUGAAGAUCACUGUGAACUUCCUGAGGAGAAUGAAGCAGGAGGAGCUGGCUGACUGUCUGCAGAGCAGUAAGAGGAUUUGAAGAGAUUUAACAUGAUGGAGACAACAUGGGAGAGGUUUAGAGUUCAGACUCUGCUGUUCAUAUGAUGCACACAUUUGUAUCACAUCUAUGAACUGAGAGAAACUGAUCACAGCUGAUGAGCUGAAGAGAUUUCAGAGAGGAGGGAAAUCAAAUCCAUCCUGAUGUCUUCAAGUGUAAAUUCAUCAGACUGAUUGUAGCUUCAGAUGAUUCAUCACAUUUCUUUUUGUUCAUUCAGGAUCUGCUGCUCCAGAGUGCCAACACAAACUCAAGUCCAACCUGAAGGAGAAGUUCCAGUGUGUGUUUGAGGGGAUUGCUAAAGCAGGAAACCCAACCCUUCUGAACCAGAUCUACACAGACCUCUACAUCACAGAGGGAGGGACUGGAGAGGUCAACGAUGAACAUGAGGUCAGACAGAUUGAAACAGCAUCCAGGAGAGCAGAGCAACCAGAAACAACCAUCAGACAAGAAGACAUCUUUAAAGGCUCACCUGGAAGACAGGAACCAAUCAGAACAGUGAUGACAAAGGGAGUGGCUGGCAUUGGGAAAACCGUCUUAACACAGAAGUGGACUCUGGACUGGGCUGAAGACAAAGACAACCAGGACAUCCACUUCACAUUUCCAUUCACCUUCAGAGAGCUGAAUGUGCUGAAAGAGAAGAAGUUCAGCUUGGUGGGACUUGUUCAUCACUUCUUCACUCAAACCAAAGAAGCAGGAAUCUGCAGCUUUCAACACUUCAGGGUCGUGUUCAUCUUUGACGGUCUGGAUGAGUGUCGACUUCCUCUGGACUUCCACAACAAUCAGGUCCUGACUGAUGUUACAGAGUCCAGCUCAGUGGAUGUGCUGCUGACAAACCUCAUCAGGGGGAACCUGCUUCCCUCUGCUCGCCUCUGGAUAACCACAAGACCUGCAGCAGCCAAUCAGAUCCCUUCUGAGUGUGUUGACAUGGUGACAGAGGUCAGAGGGUUCACUGACCCUCAGAAGGAGGAGUACUUCAGGAAGAGAUUCAGAGAUGAGGAGCAGGCCAGCAGAAUCGUCUCCCACAUCAAGACAUCCAGAAGCCUCCACAUCAUGUGCCACAUCCCGGUCUUCUGCUGGAUCACUGCUACAGUUCUGGAGGAUCUGCUGAAGACCAGAGAGGGAGGAGAGCUGCCCAAGACCCUGACUCAGAUGUACAUCCACUUCCUGGUGGUUCAGUCCAAACUGAAGAACAUCAAGUAUGAUGGAGGAGCUGAGACUGAUCCACACUGGAGUCCAGAGAGCAGGAAGAUGAUUGAGUCUCUGGGAAAACUGGCUUUUGAGCAGCUGCAGAAAGGAAACCUGAUCUUCUAUGAAUCAGACCUGACUCAGUGUGGCAUGGAUAUCAGAGCAGCCUCAGUGUACUCAGGAGUGUUCACACAGAUCUUCAGAGAGGAGAGAGGACUGUACCAGGACAAGGUGUUCUGCUUCAUCCAUCUGAGUGUUCAGGAGUUUCUGGCUGCUCUUCAUGUCCACCUGACCUUUACCAAUUCUGGAGUCAACCUGAUGGAAGAAGAACAACAAAAAACAUCUUCAAUCUCUAAAAUCUUCAGUGUCAAACCAAAACUGAAACAUCUCCAUCAGAGUGCCGUAGACCAGGCCUUACAGAGUCUGAACGGACACCUGGAUUUGUUUCUACGUUUCCUCCUGGGUCUUUCACUGCAAACCAAUCAGGAUCUCCUGAGAGGUCUGCUGACACACACAGGAAGUAACUCACAGACCAAUCAAGAAACAGUCCAGUACAUCAAGGAGAAGAUCAGUGAGGAUCUGUCUGCAGAGAAAAGCAUCAAUCUGUUCCACUGUCUGAAUGAACUGAAUGAUCAUUCUCUAGUGGAGGAGAUCCAAGAGUCCCUGAGAUCAGGACGUCUCUCCACAGAGGAACUGUCUCCUGCUCAGUGGUCAGCUCUGGUCUUCAUCUUACUGUCAUCAGAAAAAGAUCUGGACGUGUUUGACCUGAAGAAAUACUCUGCUUCAGAGGAGGCUCUUCUGAGGCUGCUGCCAGUGGUCAAAGCCUCCACCAAAGCUCUGUAGGUGGACACAUGAGAGAUGAAACAUUAUUGUUCAUGAGAGAUGAAACUUUGUGUCUGUGCUAAUCACUGAUUCUUCUUCAGGCUGAGUGGAUGUAACCUGUCAGAGAGAAGCUGUGAAGUUCUGUCCUCAGUCCUCAGCUCCCAGUCCUCCAGUCUGAGAGAGCUGGACCUGAGUAACAAUGACCUGCAGGAUUCAGGAGUGAAGCUGCUGUCUGCUGGACUGAAGAGUCCUCACUGUAAACUGGAAACUCUCAGGUCAGGUUUUCUGCUGAUUGAGUUUUGUAGUUGUUUGAAUUAAAUUGUCUUAAGUUGGUACACUUUUUCUUGUUUCAUUCAUUUAUUUUUUUUGACUCCAGGUUAUCAGGCUGUCUGAUCACAGAAGAAGGUUGUGCUUCUCUGGCCUCAGCUCUGAGCUCCAACCCCUCACACCUGAGAGAGCUGGACCUGAGCUACAACCAUCCAGGAGACUCAGGAGUAAAACUGCUGUCUGCUGGACUGAAGGAUCCUCUAUGGAGACUGGAUACACUGAGGUAUAACCAGACAGUUACUGGGUCACAGACAACUACAGAUAUAUUUGGUUUCUGCUGCCUGAGGUCUUCACUUAGCAGGUCAUCAUUGUGGACCAUCUUUCUGAUGGACUCUUGGAUUUGAACUGUUUCAUCCUGGAUAGUAGCUCCGAUGCUCACUAGUUCUCAGAAUCCCACCUUCCUCUUAGUGUAGACCCUCUGGGUUCUGGAUUUAGUGUGAAGACCUCCAUUUGAGUAUUUUCAGGAGCUUUCUUGUCUUGAUGUCAGUGGUCUCUAUUUCUUCUUUUGUUCAGGCUAUGAUGCCAGCAGGGUAUCUGAUCACUGGCAGAGAAAGGUGUUGAUGGUUUGGAUCUUGUUCCAGCUGACAUACAGUUUGAUGUCAUCCAUGUAGAGGACAUUCUUUAAAAAACCUCAGACAGUUCAUGAGAAAUGACAUUGAAUCAGACUGAUGUGUGUCUGCCAUUCUGUCUCCUCCUCCACACAAUAACAGCAGCUAUUUGUCUGCAACACUGGGCACCUGGAUGAGCAUCUUCUCUGAAUGGCCCAGCUCUAAAAUGUGUUGCUGAACUGUAGGUUUGUCUUCCAGUCUGAAUGCUCCUCUGUUCAACAGCUUUGAGUUUUCUUCUGAGAGCUGUCACGUUGUCCUGAACUGCAGAAACUCAUCCCUCUGCCUCUGGUCUCCAUGUAGGACAUGGUGGUUGAUAUUUUGAAGGACAGGAGUUGGAAACUUUUAGAAUAUGAACAUUUUUAGAUGCUCUUUAUGGAGGACCACAAGGGUCGCAGAUCUUGAAAUAAAGUAUUUUGAUUGAAAAAGUUAUUGUACUAUAAAAACAGGAAUUCAUAAAGUGGUUUCCAAAUUCACAAGUUCAUCCAUGAACAAAUAGAGAAAAUCAUAAAAAGAUUCUACAAAUGAAUCUUUAAAACUGUACAAAAGUUUAUUCUUUAAAAGUACAUGAAUGUAUUCCUUAAUCAAUAGUUUAAAAAUCAAAUUGAAAAUGCCGUUUUAAGAAAGAGGAAUAAAAGAGUAAAUUGACAAACGAAAUUAAGAAUACAGCUUUUAAUCAGACAUUUAAAGGACAAUUCCUCUUUUUAUUUCCAUUUCCUGUCUGCUUUUCCUUUUCCUGUUAGCUAAUCGAUUAUCAAAGUCUUUUAUCUUUCUGUUCCUCCUCUCCAUUUUUCCUUCCCUCACACUUUGGGCCUUGAGCUGGUAAAACCAGGUAAAACAGUGAAGAUGAUCCAUGAAACAAGCUCUCUGAUUGGUUAUAACCUGGCCUGUUAAAUGCAGAUAUCUGCAGGGAGGUGAAGAUGAUGGAGGAUGAGGAAGAAUAGACCUUAUCCAGUGUUCCAGGUGGAAAGAGGUCCAAACCUGGAUAUUGUGACUCUGUGGUCAUUUCUCAGCUCCCUGAUUGAUGAACAGACACACAGACUAAAAACAGAGAUGAUCAGGAGAGAGAUGGGCUCAUAUUUGAAGUUCAAACACAUUUGACAGUCCUUUAGCCCACAUCAGAACUCAGAGAAGAUGUUUUAUUACACCUGAUGUUACAAGAUGAAGGUUCACAUCUAGUUUAAUGAUCAGAGCAGAACAACAUUCAGAUCUCCUCCAGAUCCUUUAUUUCAUUCAUCCAUACAGACCAGGAUCAACUCUCCUGGCUGACAUGGGAAGGUCUUCUCUUCUUGAUUUUCUGCUCUCUUUGUUUGGUGAACCAUCAAACAAACCCUCAGAGCUACAGAGAAACACCUCCUUCAUACAUCCACCCUCAGUCAGAAACAUGGACUCAAAGUACUGGCUGCAGAAGUGGGUUCAAAGGAGAUCAGAUAGUCUUCAUUGAGCUUCAUCAGCUGAGCUCUACUGCUUUACUGGCACAGCUACAUUCAGUGAGAGCAGCAGCAGACCUGUCAGUCAUGAUCAGGUAAGCUGAGGGGCUGUUUGAGGACAUGCUCUGACUUUGCUCCACUUCCUGUCCAUCCCAAACUGCAGGAAAUCCACCUGCUGUUCCAGGUGUGAUGCUCCUACUCCCUCUGCUCUAGCUGACUCUGAAUGAUCCAAGAAGAGCCUCACACACUCACAUGAGUUCAUCUGAGAGCUUUCAUUUCAUCUUCAUUCAUAUUUAGAAGAAGAGAGCCCACUACUUCAUCUCUCUAUCUGCAGACAAGCUUUCAAGUCUAUUUAGAAGGAGCUUUUUAGACCAAAGUGUGGACAGCUGUCCUAAAAGAAGAAAUGAAGGUCUUUUUCCAAAGGGUCCAAAUCAAGUCUCCAUGUUGUAGGACAGACCAACAGCCAGCCUUUGCUCUUUGAAUCUUGUUGUUUUUCUGUGAGUUUCUGUCAGAAAGACUCAGAAAAAGUGACAGAGUGAUGGAGACUGUUGGCUCAGAUGAGUUUCAGCCUGUUUCUCUGUCACAGGGACAAACUGAGGAACUCUGCUUCAUGUUGGACAGCAGGUAGGACUCAUGUUGGACACUCAAUCAUUCUGACUGUGUUUCUUCCUCCAGGGUGGACCAUGGUGGAGAGCAGUGGUUAAAACCUGGUGUGAAGAAGUGUAAGUGUGGAAUCAGUUUGACUCCUGAUGACCAAACAGCAGACUGUCAGCUAACAAAGAAGAAAGCCUUCAGGUGUGUCUGAUGAUAACCUGCUGCUGUGUUGUGUCUUUUUCUCUCUGUCAGAUUUCUGUGAACUCACACUGGACUCAAACACAGUAAACAGAGAGCUCAGACUGUCUGAAAACAACAGGAAGGUGACAACUGUGAGAGAGGAUCAGUCAUAUCCUGAUCAUCCAGACAGAUUUGACCUCUAUCCUCAGCUUCUGUGUAGAGAUGGUCUGACUGGUCGCUGUUACUGGGAGGUCGAGUGGAGAGGAGAGGUUGAUAUAUCAGUGAGUUACAGAGGAAUCAGAAGGAAAGGAGAGAGUCAUGACUGUGUGUUUGGAUCUAAUGAUCAGUCCUGGAGUCUUCUCUGCUCUGAUGGAGGUUACUCUGUCCUUCACAAUAACAGAAGAACAGACCUCCGUCUCCCCUCGUCCUCUGUCUCUCACAGAGUAGCAGUGUAUGUGGACUGUCCUGCUGGUACUCUGUCCUUCUACAGCGUCUCCUCUGACACACUGAUCCACCUUUACACCUUCAACACCACCUUCACUCAACCUCUCUAUCCUGGGUUUGGGUUCUUUUAUGGUUCCUCAGUGAGUUUGUGUUCUGUGUAGGAGGGAGAGUCUCCUCCUCUCUACACAAACAGCAGCUGAAGAACAGUUGACCCUCUGCACUAACACAAACUUCAGCUGAUUAUCUGACUGUUUGUAUCCUGUCACAUCAGUCUGAAUGUCUGUUAUCAAAGAGCUGGACUCCGUGUCAAACUGGCUCACUGAACUGGACUGAUUUCUGUCUCUAUGGAGGAAAAAUCCGCCUGAUUCAGCACAUUUUUCUUCACUGUAUUGAUCAGAAAGUUUGUCUGAACAGUCAGAGUCAGACUCCUGAAACUCUUCUUCACCUGCACAGGUGUUCAUACCUGUGUUUAAACUGAUGAAGGUCAUGUCCUCAUGAGACUGCAGGCUGGUUCACACACACAGAAAAAUCUGAGCCAAGCUGAGAGGAGGAUUAGAAAGAAGUGAAGACAGAAAACAUGAAAAUCUGGAGCCGGAGCAGCAGACUGUAAACAGAAGAGAAAGUGAACGUCACCUCUUAACCAACAAACCUGCUUUAGAAAUCAUUACAACUCAAAUCAAAGAGAAAAAUCACAAUGAAUGAAAAAAGAAGGGUGAAAAAUUCAAGAGGAGUAAUACAGGUGUGAGAAUUUAUGUAAGGACGUUUAUGAAAUAUGAACUCAAUAAAGAAAUCUAUAUUCUAACAGCUGUCUCAGUUUAGUUCUUACUAAUAAUCAAAUGGAUAUUAAUGAUGUUAUUGGAUGGAUCUGAAUAUUAAAAAUCAAUUCUAAAACUUACCAGGAGCCGAUGAAGUGAAGCUGAAAUAGGAGUUCUAUGAUCGUAGCUCACCUGGAGGAUGCGCUGUUUGAGCCGAGCGUCAUCACAGCGACUCUCCUAACGAAUGAUUAGAACGCUACUGCGCAAUGUUGGUUUCAGGAAGUGGAAAAAAAAACGCGGAAUUACCGAGAACUUUUCGGCUUCAAAUCUGUAUACUGGCAGAAGGCAGAACCAAGUUGUCCAUAAUAUAUACAGUCUAUGGUUGAGACAGAGGGUGCGGCGCCCUCUAUUGACCAGCCGACCCUGCUUUUAAAUUUAGAUCUAAAUUUUGACAGUGUGUUUUCUGCAUGAAAGACUAUCAACUUUGGAGCAUAUUACAUACUGAAGUGAGUCUCAGACACCAAAUCUUAGAACAAAGGUGAGGUGCUGGCUAUUGUAGUAAAAACAUACCACAGCUGUAGUUCUUAUGUGUAAAUAAGAACAUAAACCCUUAGUUUUUAUCGUCUUCCUGUAUAUUAAAUUAAAAACCAUCAAGCUGUGAUAUGGAAGCCAAGCAAUGACUUUUGGUUGCAGAGAGAAAUCAAAGAAAGAAAGAAAGAAAGUCUAAGUCUAUGUUAGAGCACAAUUUUCACGCUUUGUGAAAAAGUUUCUGUUUCUGACCUCUUUUGUUGGUUUCAGAUUAUUUAUAAAUAUGUUAAAAUUAAAUUGAUGCCACUAAGACUUUUGGAUUUCUCUGGAGAUACAAGACAUGAAUACUGAAAUUUCACCAAAGUCACUAGAACACCGGUUAUGAUUUGGACAGGAAAAACAGCUAACCCACUAAUGAAGGUUGUGUCUUAACUUGUGGCGGCUGGUGAAUUUUUGUCUUGGGGGGGGGGGGGGGCUAACCCAGAAAACACCUUUCACUGUUAAUAAAAUACUACUAAUGAAGGUUAAAUCUUAACCAGUGGCGGCUGUUUUUUCUCUUGGGGGGGGGGCACUUAUUUACCAAACCAAAAAGCAGAGAUGGCAAUGCCAAAACCCAAGAAUUGAUGUACAUUAUGUUCACAACCAUUUUAUGUGCUAUCACUAUGUAUAACUACUAACUGGGGUACAUCUGAGCACAACUGCUGAGUCAAAUAGAUAAUUAAAUGCAGGUAAAUGUUAUCAGUUACUGAAUUUGAAUUUAUCUCCCCAGUGUUUGAUAUCUUUGGUUCCAGAUAAGAUAUAACUGCUACACACAAACCCUUAAAAUCUCCUUUUCCAUCAAUAAAUAAAUCAAGAAUGGAUAAAUAUGCAUACCUGUCUGAAUCCAGGCUUGAUCAGUUCCCUUGGUUUGGACAAGCAGACAAGGUUUAGAGUUAGCAUCCAGUUAGCCAAGAUAUCUUCUAUACCAGCUCCGUGAAAAAGACCGCGAAAAUCUCCUCCCUUUGUCUUCAGACUGCUGUGUAAUUAAUACGUCCGGCCGGUCAGUUCCGAGCUCCUUCACUCUACAUUCCUCCUGCAGUGUUCUCCUCUCGUACAGCAUUGUUUUCAGUGACUUUACUGAAUUUUCUCUCUCCAUUUUCUCCUUUUUUCGGCUCUUUCUGGGACUCCGGCGACACUCUGUGCUCUACAUCACUCUCUUGGUGGUCUCCUUUAAAGGCAACCGCUCGCUCUCUGCUGCCACCCCAUGGCCGGUGGUGAAAAGCAGUAAAGUAAAAGCGACCAGACGGAGACAGGAGGGCACGGUCAAGCUGCGCCCCGCUGUAUUGAAGAUGUCAAUACCGCGCAUGUCAAAGUUGUAACGCGAGUCAAUGGGGAAAGAUGUGUGCGGAUAGAUAUCUAUAAGAAGGGCUAGAUAACUCGAGGCGGAGUCACCGGCGUCCCUAAACGGCGGCCAUCUUACUCCAGUAUUCCAUUCUGGUACACUCUAUGGUAGCUGAAGGAAAGUGAGUAAUCUGCAUGAUCAAAAAUACUCUUAUCUCUCUGAAAUCUUGACAGAUUUACAAAUAGUUUUGUUCAUUACAGACCUUAAUAAUGUGGCUGUGAGUCGGGAUGCUUGGACAUAUUGAAAUGGCAGAUUUUCUCUGAGAGAAAAAAAGACUGAAUCAUGCAGCAAAGUUGUUUCACAGCUUAUAUCUGUGUUAUUUCUUGCAUUCAAUGAUAGUCAGGGAGUAUAAAGUGCACCAUGAGACCUCUCUUAUCUCUCUGAGAAGGUUUAUUGUGUCUGUCAAUGUUUGACUGCAGGUGUUCAGGUGGUUGAGUCCAAAGUUGAGAGCUGCUAUGUGUCACAUUUCCUUCCAGAAGACUUCAGUGUGAAGAUGAACUCAGAGAGUCUGGACUGGAUGUGAAUGGUGGGGCCUUUGAAAACCUCCUGCUGUCACUUCUAUCUUCUUCUCUCUCUGCUUGGUUUCCUGUUUGAAGCUGCUGAUUCAUUUUACCCGAGGUCUUCAUGCAGAUCAUUUUCCCCAUCAGAAGGUAACCUAACACACUUCAUCAUGUUUGAGUGAGUUAAACUGAUCUGAGGACAGCACAUGUGAAGCUUCUGCAGAUCUGACAUGUUGUUUUGUGACUGCAUUGGUAGAAGAGAGCGAACACAGAGGAAAGGAGAAAAUCUCUGUUUAAAGUCUGAUGUACAUGUAGGAGCAGAAAUAAGUCAAGACUAUGAACCUCAGACUUCUACCAACAAACACAAUCACAGGGAUCAGAUUGAAUACAGGAGUGCUGAUGUAUUGUUGUCAUAGUCUGUGUAUUUACUCAGUGAAAGCAGAAGAAACAGGAACAGGUUGAAGUCAGACUGAACAAAACUUGACUUAAACUUUUCAAACACUUUGUUUUAGUGAUCGUAAAAGUCUUUGUGUGCUGAGCACUUUAUGAUUUGAUGAGUUUAUGAUGGUAUGAAAGGUCAGUCAUUGGCUCUCUUUAAAGCUGAGCACAGUCAACAACCAGUGUGAUAAACUUCAGUCAGUGUCCACUGUACAGCAGCAACAGUUUGAACCCAUUCACAGGAGCAAUGGUUAGUGAGGAGCUGCUCAGAAAGAAGUGGAGAAAAAGCUCCAAGAAAAGCUCUUUCAAUGUGUCUCAAAUUCUCAGUAUUUUUAUCUGUUUUGGUUUUCAUGGUUUCCUUCAUACAGACUCUGAAUAGAUCGGCACAGAAUUGUCUUCAGCUAAAAAUCAGAAAUCAUGUUCAGUUUUCAGAGCCCGACCAUCUCAGUGAGAGCAGCUUUGGUGCUUAAUCAGCUGAUAUCCAACCAUCAUCCAGAAACGGAGGACUCACAUUUGAUUGUCCUCAGUCCUUUGAAAUCAAAAAGUCCUUUGAUCAAAAACCUUUGACCUCCCUGUUUCCUCCAAUUACUCACCAUCUCUGAGGUGAAAACCAAUAAUUAAUCCUCACUCAGAUAUGGAAAAAUGAAUCCACACACUCAUCCUCUCCAGACCAGUCUCACUCUUUGACGGCAUCGACCAUAAAACACUUUUCCCCUGUCUGAGUCCUUGAAAAAGCAGCAGCUGGGCUUCUCACUGGUUUGAACAGACAACAUCCCAUCACCUCCAUCCCAGCUUCCUUUGAGGAUUGACUUGAAGAUUCAAAGCUCCUCUGGGUCUGGCUCAUAGAUCUGAAAUGUUGACCCCCCCAUGAGGCCAUCCUGCAGUCUGAGACCCUUAGGCCCAUAUGGCUGUUCCAAAAAGACUGAAGACUUCGGGGAUCAUGUUUUUCCAUCAGGGCCCCUCCACUCUGAAAGGACCUGCCUGAGGAUAUCAGGUUUACAGAAUCAGUGUUAUCUUUAAAACCACUUCUUCAAAUCAUUUUUCUAGACUUGUUUUAGGUGAAAUCCUCCUUUAAUUGGCCUUUUUUUACUCUGACUUUUUCCAUCCAUCCAUCCAUCUUCCACCGCUUAUUCGGGAUCGGGUCACAGGGCCGGCAGCAGCCUGAACAGAGAAGCCUUGACUUCCCUCUCCUCAGCCACCUGCAAGGCGUGCGGGAGGCAUCCUGAUUAGAUGCCCAAGCCACCUCAUCUGACUCCUCUCAAUACGGAGGAGCAGCAGCUCUACUCCGAGCCCCUCUCCAAUGACCGAGCUUCUCACCCUUUCUCUAAGGAAGAGCCCAGCCACCCUGCAGAGGAAACUAAUUUUGGUUGCUUGUACUUGCGAUCUUCACCUUCGGUCACUAACCCACAGCUCGUGACCGAAGGUAGGUAGAUCAACCGGUAUAUCCAGAGCUUUGCCUUUCGGCUCAGCUCCCACUUUACCAUGACAGAUCUGUGCAGCUUUCACAUCACUGCUGACAUGGCACCAAUCAACCUGUUGAUCUCCCGCUCCAUUCUUCCCUCAUAAGUGAACAAGACCCCGAGAUAUUUGAACUCCUCCACUUAAGGCAGGAUCUCAUCUCCAACCCAGAGAAGGCACUCCACCUUUUUCUGGCUGAGAACUGUUGUCUCAGAUUUGGAGGUGCUGAUUCUCAUCCCAGCCACUUCACACUCAGCUGCGAACCAAUCCAGUGAGAGCUGAAGAUCACGGCCUCUCUUAUUUUUGUAUAUUCUUCUAAAAGUUUGAGGUCUCUCAGUUUCUACAUUUGUCGUCACCAACUUCUUUCUUCCUGUUGCUCUGCUUUUCUUUGACGAUUUCUUGGCUUGUAUUAGUGAAUUUCAUUGCACUCAUUUCUUUGAUGGCUUUGUCUCUUUAUUUAUGCAGUUGUUAUUUAUAGAGCUUGAACCUCUUUGCUGUGUUUUAAUCAUCUUUGUUAGACUUUCAGGCCUGAACAUGUUUCAUUGUUUUUUAUUCUUCUGGUCACAGUCAUGUUGUUCACGUCUUGUGUUGCUUCAGUUCUUAUGAUGUUGGGUCCAUAUGUUGCUCUGCUUUUCCUGGUUCUGUGGGUUCUCCGUCUUUGGGGUCCUUGUGCUGAAAAUGUGUAUAAAUAUAAUAAAUAUGAAAUAAAUCACUGUUAUUAAUCGGACAAUCAUCUGUUUCUGGAGUCAUGGAGGAAAUCUAUUACAGCAUGUCCAGAUUAUUUCUUUGCUCCUGUUUUACUCUCUUUCUUGUUUCCUCUUAUUUAGUCUCUCAGAUUUGAGUUGUUGUUAAUGAGUAACAUCAAGGUUGAAUUCAUUCAACAAUCAAACAUUCAAAACUUCAGAUUUACAAUCCUGAUCAAUCUGAUUAGAGGGUCAAACUCCAGACCAGAUAACACCAGAUAUGAAACGUCCAUAUACGUAACUAAAAACCUGAUAUAUGAAAUACAGUCAUACCAUGCAGAGAUGCCAAGACAUGAAUAUACAGAUAAUUUCUAUCAAACAUGCUCCAGUUACUGUUUUUCAUACAACACUGAAAUACAGAAGCACAUCAGCAAACUCAAUCCAACACUGAACUUUGAGGAGUUUCAGAAAAACUCUGAUGUUUCAAACAAAUGCUCCAAUUUCAACAAAGACUUCAACUUUGUCUGCUGCUUUUUAAAAUGACCAUCAUCCAUCAGCUGAGCUCUGAUUGGCAGCUUUCAUGUGGUACUAAACCCAUUCUCUGUCUUUGAAAGGUUUCUGAUCCUAAACAUGAGCAGAGUAUUGACCUUUUCCUUUAAACCUGAUCGAUCAAUAACAACAGAGGAACAUGAUGUCUGUCAUUUCUGAAAGCUUUUCUCUGCUGUCUGAUCUCCUCUGGAAUAAAAAGGAGAGAACUGCUCAGGGACAAAGCUGAAAACUACUUUGAUCUGCUCUCAGAUAACCAGAUAAACAAAUAUAUAUAAGUGAUAUAUUUAUGACUAUGAUCAGUAAAUCAUUGAUAGAGCAGGACCUGUCUCUGGGUGUGAGACGUGAUCAACUUUUAUUGACCAAUAAAAUAACACAAAGUUUGAUUCAGUGUCAUAAAUGUGACAAAGUCCAAGUUUGAAAGAUUUCAGAGUGAAUUAAAUUUGGUGUCCUUCAUUUCAAAGGUGAACCUCAUGUCAUUUUUCUGAGUCCGUUCCACUGAUUUGGAGUUGAGUCAAAGUUGAAUUGGACUCCUUAUCAGAAGAUCUCUCAUGGUUGGUUCUUUCUGGAGCAGACAAAAGGAGAACUUGAAUGUUUCCACAUGUACGCAGGUUUGACUCUCAGUCACAUCAGAUAUUAUCCUGGAUCACUCUGAGGUUUCUCUGUCUCGUCCUGACAGCAGGUCUCUGCAGGGUCCUGCAGUGUGACUGGAGCUGGACUCUGGUUCCUGGGUGUUGGUCAGUGAUUUCAUGUCUGUUUGUGUUUGUAGACUUUGACUGUUCAGUGAUGAGAGUGUGACAGCGUCCUCAGAUUAAUGAUGAUGAUGAACUGAUGAAGGACGAUCAGCUGCAGUCUCUCUCUUUGUCUUUCUAAAAUUCACCUGGUGAGUAUUUUCUUCAUUCUGUCAAACAUCAAACUGAAAGUUUUCACAUGUCUUCAUUUUGAACAGAACUGGACUCUGAAUGGAUCCAGAUGAGCUCUCUAGAAAACAGGAAAAACUGUGGCUCCAUCUUGUGGUAGAAUCUGGAAUGACACUGUGGUAGAGGACAGUAUGUGGCUCAGGUUGAACUGACUGAGUAUGUUGUUGUGUUUGUGUGAAGGUGGGGGCUCUGCUAUGAAUCAGAGUGAGGACAGAGAGGAGGGGGCCCCUCCCUCUAAAACCACUCUGUGGGGGGAACAUGAGAGCCAGACCAAAGCUCAGAGGUGAGAUGAGGAUCUCCAACUGUCCAUGACUCUUCUCCAUGUCAGAGUUCAGCACUCACAUCACUCCACCAUCACUAUUAUUCACACUCAGACCUCUGUUUGUCUGUCUGUCUGUCUGUCUGUCUAAGACCUGAACGGCAGUACAAACCAGACUCUCCUGGACCUGGACCCAGCUGUCUGUCCUUCAAGAGUGACUGGUCUAAGGGUCGAUUAAUUAAUUUCAAAGAUGGACUUCAGUCUGAUCGUCAAAAGUAAUAAUCUAUAACAGCAGCACUCAAACCUGGAAGAUUUUUCAGUGUUCUUGUUUCUUCAUCAGUGUUUGUGUUUCUGUCAGAGUCAAACAUGAGAGACCAGACUCUCCUGGACCUGGACCUGGACCUGGACCCAGCUGUGUGUCCUUCAAGAGUGACCGGUCUAAGUGGCGACUAAUUAAUUUCAAAGACAGAGAUAUUUUUGAUGAGCAAAGGUGAGACUUUCAAACUGAACUUUCUUUUGUUGUGUGUGAAACUUUUCAUCCUAACUGUGGUCAGUGUUUUCUCUGUGAAGGUGAAGAUUUUUCAGGGUUUGUGUUUCUAUCAGGAUCCAACAGCAAUAAACAGGAUCUGAGCCACAAAGACCUGGACUCUGCAUGUAUCUUCAUGUGUGUCCUGUGUCUGUAGGAGGAUCCAGCAGUGUUUCUACCAGGAUCCUCUAGAUAGUCUCUCUCACAUGUAACCCUGUGUCUCCUUAUAUUAUAUCCACUACAUUAGAUUCUGUUUGUUCCACAGAGUUCAGCAGCAGAGAUCAGAGGUUCCCAUUGGUCAGUCUGCCCAGCAGCAUCAAACACAGCUGGACUCCAUAUUUAUGGUAGGUGUAAAUGUACAAACACAGCUCCUACUGAUCCUCAGAGCAGACACUCAGUAUAUUUGGAGGUUUCUGGAUUGUUUCCUAAAGACUCUGCAAACAUCAUCUCUGCCUGAAUUAUCUUCACACUCACAGUUUGACUGAUUGAAUGAAGCCUCGCAUUUAUGACCUGCACAGAGUCAGAGGUCAGAGGUCAUGAUGGAUGGUGGUCUCACACAGACUCAGACUUUGGCAGCAGAGAGCAGAGUUCACAAACUGAGUCCAGUUUGAGGUUUAAAGAACAGAAAGACUUUGGUUCAUGUCGAUGACAGCUGCUGCUUUCAGCUUCAUUCUAAUAAACACAUCACCUCUAAAGUCACUGCAGACUUUUUCUCCAUGAAACCACACCAGGAGGUUUCUCCAAUAUGAAGGUCAGGUCAUAGAAACUGGAUUUGUAGAAGACAGGACCAUCCACAAAGUCAGUCCUGAAGCAGCAUUGUGAUCCAGUCUCCAUGCUGGACUCUGUAGACCAGCAGGCUUUCUGUCUGUCACAGAUGAUCUGAUGUUCAGUUCUACAAGUUCAAGUUCACAUUUUGUUCUGUUCCAGCUGCUCCAGGAGAAAAUGAUCAGCUUUGUAAAGGAGCAGCUGAAGGAGAUCCAGAGAGUUCUGAGUCCAGAUGAACCAGAAUACUUAGAGAGUCAGAGGGAGGAUGAGGAUGAAGAGCAGAGGAGGAGCAGAGAGGCAUUUCUGAAGAUCACUGUGAACUUCCUGAGGAGAAUGAAGCAGGAGGAGCUGGCUGACUGUCUGCAGAGCAGUAAGAGGAUUUGAAGAGAUUUAACAUGAUGGAGACAACAUGGGAGAGGUUUAGAGUUCAGACUCUGCUGUUCAUAUGAUGCACACAUUUGUAUCACAUCUAUGAACUGAGAGAAACUGAUCACAGCUGAUGAGCUGAAGAGAUUUCAGAGAGGAGGGAAAUCAAACCCAUCCUGAUGUCUUCAAGUGUAAAUUCAUCAGACUGAUUGUAGCUUCAGAUGAUUCAUCACAUUUCUUUUUGUUCAUUCAGGAUCUGCUGCUGCUGCAGAGUGCCGACACAAACUCAAGUCCAACCUGAAGGAGAAGUUCCAGUGUGUGUUUGAGGGGAUUGCUAAAGCAGGAAAUCCAACCCUUCUGAACCAGAUCUACACAGACCUCUACAUCACAGAGGGAGGGACUGGAGAGGUCAACGAUGAACAUGAGGUCAGACAGAUUGAAACAGCAUCCAGGAGAGCAGAGCGACCAGAAACAACCAUCAGACAAGAAGACAUCUUUAAAGGCUCACCUGGAAGACAGGAACCAAUCAGAACAGUGAUGACAAAGGGAGUGGCUGGCAUUGGGAAAACCGUCUUAACACAGAAGUGGACUCUGGACUGGGCUGAAGACAAAGACAACCAGGACAUCCACUUCUCAUUUCCAUUCACCUUCAGAGAGCUGAAUGUGCUGAAAGAGAAGAAGUUCAGCUUGGUGGGACUUGUUCAUCACUUCUUCACUCAAACCAAAGAAGCGGGAAUCUGCAGCUUUCAAGACUUCAGGGUCGUGUUCAUCUUUGACGGUCUGGAUGAGUGUCGACUUCCUCUGGACUUCCACAACAAUCAGGUCCUGACUGAUGUUACAGAGUCCAGCUCAGUGGAUGUGCUGCUGACAAACCUCAUCAGGGGGAACCUGCUUCCCUCUGCUCGCCUCUGGAUAACCACAAGACCUGCAGCAGCCAAUCAGAUCCCUCCUGAGUGUGUUGACAUGGUGACAGAGGUCAGAGGGUUCACUGACCCUCAGAAGGAGGAGUACUUCAGGAAGAGAUUCAGAGAUGAGGAGCAGGCCAGCACAAUCAUCUCCCACAUCAAGACAUCCAGAAGCCUCCACAUCAUGUGCCACAUCCCGGUCUUCUGCUGGAUCACUGCUACAGUUCUGGAGGAUCUGCUGAAGACCAGAGAGGGAGGAGAGCUGCCCAAGACCCUGACUCAGAUGUACAUCCACUUCCUGGUGGUUCAGUCCAAACUGAAGAACAUCAAGUAUGAUGGAGGAGCUGAGACUGAUCCACACUGGAGUCCAGAGAGCAGGAAGAUGAUUGAGUCUCUGGGAAAACUGGCUUUUGAGCAGCUGCAGAAAGGAAACCUGAUCUUCUAUGAAUCAGACCUGACUCAGUGUGGCAUGGAUAUCAGAGCAGCCUCGGUGUACUCAGGAGUGUUCACACAGAUCUUCAGAGAGGAGAGAGGACUGUACCAGGACAAGGUGUUCUGCUUCAUCCAUCUGAGUGUUCAGGAGUUUCUGGCUGCUCUUCACGUCCACCUGACCUUGACCAACUCUGGAGUCAACCUGAUGGAAGGAGAACAACAAACAACAUCUUCAAUCUCUAAAAUCUUCAGUGUCAAACCAAAACUGAAACAUCUCCAUCAGAGUGCUGUAGACCAGGCCUUACAGAGUCUGAACGGACAUCUGGAUUUAUUUCUACGGUUCCUUCUGGGUCUUUCACUGCAAAUCAAUCAGAAUCUCCUGAGAGGUCUGCUGACACACACAGGAAGUAGCUCACAGACCAAUCAAAAAACAGUCCAGUACAUCAAGAGGAAGAUCAGUGAGGAUCUGUCUGCAGAGAAAAGCAUCAAUCUGUUCCACUGUCUGAAUGAACUGAACGAUCGUUCUCUAGUGGAGGAGAUCCAAGAGUCCCUGAGAUCAGGACGUCUCUCCACAAAGAAACUGUCUCCUGCUCAGUGGUCAGCUCUGGUCUUCAUCUUACUGUCAUCAGAAAAAGAUCUGGACGUGUUUGACCUGAAGAAAUACUCUGCUUCAGAGGAGGGUCUUCUGAGGCUGCUGCCAGUGGUCAAAGCCUCCAACAAAGCUCUGUAGGUGGACACAUGAGAGAUGAAACAUUAUUGUUCAUGAAACUUUGUGUCUGUGCUAAUCACUGAUUCUUCUUCAGGCUGAGUGGAUGUAACCUGUCAGAGAGAAGCUGUGAAGCUCUGUCCUCAGUCCUCAGCUCUCAGUCCUCCAGUCUGAGAGACCUGGACCUGAGUCACAAUGACCUGCAGGAUUCAGGAGUGAAGCUGCUGUCUGCUGGACUGAAGAGUCCUCACUGGAAACUGGAAACUCUCAGGUCUCUGUGAUGUUAAAUGUCAAAGUUUAAUCUGUACAGGAUACAAAAUAAAACAGAAUACUCAGAAACUAAUAAAUAUUUUACUUUUAAAAGGAUAAGUUUGAAUGGUAAAAGUCAGUAUGUUUUUUUGAAAGAUUGCCAUUUCAUACCUUUACGAGAUGGAUGAACAAAAGAAACUAACACUCUAAUUACAGAUGGAUUAAGCCUUUAGAAUAACUUUAAAAUUGUAAUUUAUCAUGAGUAAAGAUUUUUUUUUCCACAAUCAUCCUAUUUUUCCAGAUUAACUGGAUGUAACCUGUCAGAGAGAAGCUGUGAAGCUCUGUCCUCAGUCCUCAGCUCCCAGUCCUCCAGUCUGAGAGAGCUGGACCUGAGUAACAAUGACCUGCAGGAUUCAGGAGUGAAGCUGCUGUCUGCUGGACUAAAGAGUCCUCACUGUAAACUGGAAACUCUCAGGUCUGCAUAAGGCUCAACAUCAAACUUUACCCUGUCUGAUCACAAAACCAAAAAAUCAGAGGUGCAAUUAAAACAGAGAGCUACUUACUGCAGUUUUCUGUAGUUUUAGCGGGGUCAAUUUGAGGGAGUCAACUUAUUUUCUCAGUUCCUUAAGAGGUCUUAUUGAAAUAAGUCGACAGAUAUAAUAAAAAGGAUCUAAUAAUUUUAUGGGAGAAGCAAAACUAUUCAUAACCUUAUGAUAAUUUAAAAUUCAGGGGAGCUUAUUUGUUCAAAUAUCUUCAUGUCUGUUCAGGUUUACUGGAUGUAACCUGUCAGAGAGAAGCUGUGAAGAUCUGUCCUCAGUCCUCAGCUCCCAGUCCUCCAGUCUGAGAGAGCUGGACCUGAGUCACAAUGACCUGCAGGAUUCAGGAGUGAAGCUGCUGUCUGCUGGACUGAAGAGUCCUCACUGUAAACUGGAAACUCUCAGGUCAGUGUGAAGUUAAAUGUCAAAGUUUAAUCUGUAAGGUAUACAAAAUAAAAAAGACUACUCAGAAACUAAUAAAUAAAUAUUUUACUUUUAAAAGGACAAGUUAGAAUGGUGAAAGUCAGUCUGUUUUUUGAAAGAUUGCCAUUUCAUAUCAUUACAAGAUGAAUAACAAAAGAAACUAACACUCUAAUUACAGAUUGAUUAAGCCUUUAGAAUAAAAUCAAAACUGUAAUUUAUCAUGAGUAAAGAUUUUUUUUUCCACAAUCGUCCUAUUUUUCCAGAUUUAUUGGAUGUAACCUGUCAGAGAGAAGCUGUGAAGCUCUGUCCUCAGUCCUCAGCUCCCAGUCCUCCAGUCUGAGACAGCUGGACCUGAGUAACAAUGACCUGCAGGAUUCAGGAGUGAAUCAACUUUAUGCUGAACGGAAGAGUCCUCAAUGUAAACUGGAAACUCUCAGGUCUGUAUAAGAUCGAACAUAAAACUUUAGUCUGUCAGAUCACAAAACCACAGAAACACAGGCAUCAUAAAAAAAGAGGGCUACUUACUGCUCUUCUCUGAAAUUAUAAGUUGGGUCAAGUCAAGAGAGUUGAUUAGGUUCAUCAGAUCUUGUUAAGAUAGUUAAUUAAAAGUAAUCAACUAUUUUCAUACCUGUUUAGGUUAACUGGAUGUAACCUGUCAUGGAGAAGCUGUGAAGCUCUGUCCUCAGUCCUCAGCUCCCAGUCCUCCAGUCUGAGAGAGCUGGACCUGAGUCACAAUGACCUGCAGGAUUCAGGAGUGAAGCUGCUGUCUGCUGGACUGAAGAGUCCUCAAUGUAAACUGGAAACUCUCAGGUCAGGUUUUCUGCUGAUUGAGUUUUGUAGUUGUUUGAAUUAAAUUGUCUAAAGUUGGUACACUUUUUCUUGUUUCAUUCAUUUAUUUUUUUUGACUCCAGGUUAUCAGGCUGUCUGAUCACAGAAGAAGGUUGUGCUUCCUUGGCCUCAGCUCUGAGCUCCAACCCCUCACACCUGAGAGAGCUGGACCUGAGCUACAAUCAUCCUGGAGACUCAGGAGUAAAACUGCUGUCUGCUGGACUGAAGGAUCCUCUAUGGAGACUGGAUACACUGAGGUAUAACCAGACAGUUACUGGGUCACAGACAACUACAAAUAUAUUUGGUUUCUGCUGCCUGAGGUCUUCACUUAGCAGGUCAUCAUUGUGGACCAUCUUUCUGAUGGACUCUUGGAUUUGAACUGUUUCAUCCUGGAUAGUAGCUCUGAUGCUCAUUAGUUCUCAGAAUCGCACCUUCCUCUUAGUGUAGACCCUCAGGGUUCUGGAUUUAGGGUGAAAACCUCCAUUUGAGUAUUUUGAGGAGCUUUCUUAUCUUGAUAUUAGUGGUCUCUAUUUCUUCUUUUGUUCAGGCUAUGAUGCCAGCAGGGUAUCUGAUCACUGGCAGAGCGUAGGUGUUGAUGGUUUGGAUCUUGUUCCAGCUGACAUACAGUUUGAUGUCAUCCAUGUAGAGGAGGACAUUGAUUAAAGAAACCCUCAAACAGUUGAUGAGAAAUGACUUUGAAUCAGACUGAUGUGUGUCUGUCAUUCUGUCUCCUCCUCCACACAAUAACAGCAGCUAUUUGUCUGCAACACUGGGCACCUGGAUGAGCAUCUUCUCUGAAUGGCCCAGCUCUAAAAUGUGUUGCUGAACUCUAGGUUUGUCUUCCAGGCUGAAUGCUCCUCUGUUCAACAGCUUUGAGUUUUCUUCUGAGAGCUGUCACGUUGUCCUGAACUGCAGAAACUCGUCCCUCUGCCUCUGGUCUCAAUGUAGGACAUGGUGGUUGAUAUUUUGAAGGACAGGAGUCGGAAACUUUUAGAAUAUUAAAAUUUUUAAAUGCUCUUUAUGGAGGACCACAAGGGACACAGAAAUUAAAAUAAAAUAAUUUUGAUUUUUUUAAAGUUAUUGUACUAUAAAAACAGGAAUUCAUAAAGUGGUUUCCAAAUUCACAAGUUCAUCCAUGAACAAAUAGAGAAAAUCAUAAAAUGAUUCUACAAAUGAAUCUUUAAAACUGUACAAAAGUUUAUUCUUUAAAAGUACAUGAAUGUAUUCCUUAAUCAAUAGUUUAAAAAUCAGUCUGAAAAUGCCGUUUUAAGAAAGAGGAAUAAAAGAGUAAAUUGACAAACGAAAUUAAGAAUACAGCUUUUAAUCAGACAUUUAAAGGACAAUUCCUCUUUUCAUUUCCAUUUCCUGUCUGCUUUUCCUUUUCCUGUUAGCUAAUCGAUUAUCAAAGUCUUUUAUCUUUCUGUUCCUCCUCUCCAUUUUUCCUUCCCUCACACUUUGGGCCUUGAGCUGGUAAAACCAGGUAAAACAGUGAAGAUGAUCCAUGAAACAAGCUCUCUGAUUGGUUAUAACCUGGUCUAUUACAUGCAGAUGUCUGCAGGGAGGUGAAGAUGAUGGAGGAUGAGGAAGAAUAGACCUUCUCCAGUGUUCCAGGUGGAAAGAGGUCCAAACCUGGAUAUUGUGACUCUGUGGUCAUUUCUCAGCUCCCUGAUUGAUGAACAGACACACAGACUAAAAACAGAGAUGAUCAGGAGAGAGAUGGGCUCAUAUUUGAAGUUCAAACACAUUUGACAGUCCUUUAGCCCACGUCAGAACUCAGAGAAGAUGCUUUAUUACACCUGAUGUUACAAGAUGAAGGUUCACAUCUAGUUGAAUGAUCAGAGCAGAACAACAUUCAGAUCUCCUACAGAUCCUUUAUUUCAUUCAUCCAUACAGACCAGGAUCAACUCUCCUGGCUGACAUGGGAAGGUCUUCUCUUCUUGAUUUUCUGCUCUCUUUGUUUGGUGAGCCAUCAAACAAACCCUCAGAGCUACAGAGAAACACCUCCUUCAUACAUCCACCCUCAGUCAGAAACAUGGACUCAAAGUACUGGCUGCAGAAGUGGGUUCAAAGGAGAUCAGAUAGUCUUCAUUGAGCUUCAUCAGCUGAGCUCUACUGCUUUACUGGCACAGCUACAUUCAGUGAGAGCAGCAGCAGACCUGUCAGUCAUGAUCAGGUAAGCUGAGGGGCUGUUUGAGGACAUGCUCUGACUUUGCUCCACUUCCUGUCCAUCCCAAACUGCAGGAAAUCCACCUGCUGUUCCAGGUGUGAUGCUCCUACUCCCUCUGCUCUAGCUGACUCUGAAUGAUCCAAGAAGAGCCUCACACACUCACAUGAGUUCAUCUGAGAGCUUUCAUUUCAUCUUCAUUCAGAUUUAGAAGAAGAGAGCCCACUACUUCAUCUCUCUAUCUGCAGACAAGCUUUCAAGUCUAUUUAGAAGGAGCUUUUUAGACCAAAGUGUGGACAGCUGUCCUAAAAGAAGAAAUGAAGGUCUUUUUCCAAAGGGUCCAAAUCAAGUCUCCAUGUUGUAGGACAGACCAGCAGCCAGCCUUUGCUCUUUGAAUCUUGUUGUUUUUCUGUGAGUUUCUGUCAGAAAGACUCAGAAAAAGUGACAGAGUGAUGGAGACUGUUGGCUCAGAUGAGUUUCAGCCUGUUUCUCUGUCACAGGGACAAACUGAGGAACUCUGCUUCAUGUUGGACAGCAGGUAGGACUCAUGUUGGACACUCAAUCAUUCUGACUGUGUUUCUUCCUCCAGGGUGGACCAUGGUGGAGAGCAGAGGUUAAAACCUGGUGUGAAGAAGUGUAAGUGUUGAAUCAGUUUGACUCCUGAUGACCAAACAGCAGACUGUCAGCUAACAAAGAAGAAAGCCUUCAGGUGUGUCUGAUGAUAACCUGCUGCUGUGUUGUGUCUUUUUCUCUCUGUCAGAUUUCUGUGAACUCACACUGGAUUCAAACACAGUAAACGGACGUCUCAGACUGUCUGAAAACAACAGGAAGGUGACACUUGUGGAAGAGUAUCUGUUAUAUCCUGAUCAUCCAGACAGAUUUGACUAUCCUCAGCUUCUGUGUAGAGAUGGUCUGACUGGUCGCUGUUACUGGGAGGUCGAGUGGAGAGGAGGGGUUUAUAUAUCAGUGAGUUACAGAGGAAUCAGAAGGAAAGAAUACAGUGUUGACUGUAUGUUUGGAUUUAAUGAUCAGUCCUGGAGUCUGCUCUGCUCUGAUGAAGGUUACUCUGUCCUUCACAAUAACAGAGGAACAGUCCUCCGUCUCUCCUCGUCCUCUGUCUCUCACAGAGUAGCAGUGUAUGUGGACCGUCCUGCUGGUACUCUGUCCUUCUACAGCGUCUCCUCUGACACACUGAUCCACCUCCACACCUUCAACACCACCUUCACUCAACCUCUCUACCCUGGGUUUGGGUUCUGGUCUCCUGGUUCCUCAGUGCGUUUGUGUUCUUUGUAGGAGGGAGAGUCUCCUCCUCUCUACACAAACAGCAGCUGAAGAACAGUUGACCCUCUGCACUAACACAAACUUCAGCUGAUUAUCUGACUGUUUGUAUCCUGUCACAUCAGUCUGAAUGUCUGUUAUCAAAGAGCAGGACUCCAUGUCAAACUGGCUCACUGAGCUGGACUGAUUUCUGUCUCUAUGGGGGAAAAAUCCGCCUCAUUCAGCACAUUUUUCUUCACUGUAUUGAUCAGAAAGUUUGUCUGAACAGUCAGAGUCAGACUCCUGAAACUCUUCUUCACCUGCACAGGUGUUCAUACCUGUGUUUGAACUGAUGAAGGUCAUGUCCUCAUGAGACUGCAGGCUGGUUCUCACACACAGAAAAAUCAGAGCCGAGCUGAGAGGAGGAUUAGAAAGAAGUGAAGACAGAAAACAUGAAAAUCUGGAGCCGGAGCAGCAGACUGUAAACAGAGGAGAAAGUGAACGUCACCUCUUAACCAACAAACCUGCUUUAGAAAUCAUUACAACUCAAAUCAAAGAGAAAAAUCACAAUGAAUGAAAAAAGAAGGGUGAAAAAUUCAAGAGGAGUAAUACAGGUGUAAGAAUUUAUGUAAGGACGUUUAUGAAACAUGAACUCAAUAAAGAAAUCUAUAUUCUAACAGCUGUCUCAGUUUAGUUCUUACUAAUAAUCAAAUGGAUAUUAAUGAUGUUAUUGGAUGGAUCUGAAUAUUAAAAAUCAAUUCUAAAACUUACCAGGAGCCGAUGAAGUGAAGCUGAAAUAGGAGUUCUAUGAUCGUAGCUCACCUGGAGGAUGCGCUGUUUGAGCCGAGCGUCAUCACAGCGACUCUCCCGCCGAAUGAUUAGAACGCUACUGCGCAACGCUGGUUUCAGGAAGUGGAAAAAAAAAAAACGCGGAAUUACAGAGAACUUUUCGGCUUCAAAUCUGUAUACUGGCAGAAGGCAGAACCAAGUUGUCCAUAGUAUAUACAGUCUAUGGUUGAGACAGAGGGUGUGGCGCCCUCUAUUGACCAGCCGCCUCUGCUUUUAAAUUUAGAUCUAAAUUUUACAGUGUGUUUUCUGCAUGAAAGACUAUCGACUUUGGAGCAUAUUACAUAGUGAAUCUUAGAACAAAGGUGAGGUGCUGGCUACUGUAGUAAAAACAUACCACAGCUGUAGCUCUUAUGUGUAAAUAAGAACAUAAACCCUUAGUUUUUAUUGUCUUUUUGUACAUUAAAUUAAAAACCAUCAAGCUGUGAUAUGGAAGCCAAGCAACGGCAUUUCUUUGCAGAGAGAAAUCAAAUAAAGACAGAAAGAAAGAAAGAAAGUCUAAGUCUAUUUUAGAGCACAAUUUUCACGCUUUGUGAAAAAGUUUCUGUUUCUGACCUCUUUUGUUGGUUUCAGAUUAUUUAUAAAUAUGUUAAAAUUAAAAGGAUGCCAUGAAGACUUUUGGAUUUCUCUCAGGACAUCUGUAAUAAUUAAAAUAAAGAAAAUGAAAAUGAAACCACAUCAGUAUUACAUGAAAAAAAAACAACCCUGACAGUCACAGGCUUGGUCUCAAUGACAGGUUUAUUAUUGGUUAUUUGUGUGGGAAUUAAAUAAGGCACAUUCACAUCAUCUUUACACAUUCAUAACCUGAAAGAAAACAGUGGUACAAAAAUAAUUAAGACUUCUGAUUGGGUUUGACAUCUUUUCAGUUGAAAUUAGACACUGAAACACCAGGACGCUGCCUUCCUGAAGCUGUGAGUGUUUCUGCGUGUCGACAUGAAUCAGAGGAGAUCGGAAACACACGGCUGAUUAUCAGAGAGGAAAAAAAUCAGAAAACACGACAGAGUUUAAGAGUUUAAACUGGAGCCUCAUCUUCACUGAGGCGGUCUGCAGUCACACACAGUUCAUGGACAGUGGAGUAAACCCUGGCGGUGACAGUUAUACAGUACUGCAGCUGUUCCAUCAUGGUUGAAUGGAUCAGAGUAUUCAUGAAUAUUUAAAGACUAAAACGGCAAUUUUGCAUGACUCAUUUUCCUCGUAAACUCUUUUGUGUUUGACGUCACCGCUGAGAAAUCUCUACAACAAUACAGUCAGUUUCUGAGAUUGAUGCACCUGCAGACAGACAGUUCAGAUUUCAGAUCAGUUUGCUGCAAAAAUCAACCUACACUGACUUUAAACUCAUGCUAACAGUCACAACAACGCACCAGUGUCGGCCUUACAUCUACAUAAGUUUGUUUCAGGGUGUACAUUUGUAAUUUUAAACGGUAAUUAAUUUUUUUUUUUACAGAAAACAACAGUCAAGGUGAGCUCAAAGUGGUGUAAUGACAGAGUUCCUCCAGCAGAGGGCGCCACAGUUGAUAAUCCUCUCACAGCACAGUCUGCAGGGUUUGUUUUAAAACGCAGUUACACGGAUGAAAAUAAUCAGGGAGAAGUCGAGUUUCUAAGAUUGAUUGAACUUUCUCCACUUUUAAAACCGUCUCCAGAAAUCUGACAUCCAACAGGCUCUCCAUGAAAACAUCUGUUUUAAAUCACUCAGAAAAAGUGAUCAUUUCAUUUUGUAUCAAUUCACUCGAUGCAAAAUCACACAAAUCAUUAUGACAAACUUAAAUACAACAAACCCCCUGACUCUUCUGCGUUAAAUUCCACUAAAUUAAUCACUUUUGUUGAAUUAUAACAUCCAGUACUUUUUUAAAUGGUCUCCAGAGCUGCAACAAAAUAUUCCAGUAAUUUAAAGCUUCUGUGAGUAACUCUUAUGUCAAUGAUGGCGCCCCCUUGUGGACAAAGUGGUUCAUACUAUUUCUUUGCUGAUGCUGAUCAGACAUGAAGGAGGAGAGUUUUAUGACUUUUCCUUUUGAAGCACGAACUUUACAUCGUAGCGAGGCACAAAAACAGCUUCACAUUCUGGUGUGUCGCUUUGCAAUACUCUGCUUCUACACUAGAUGGCAGCGCGGUUUCUGCAACAGUUACUGGUCCUGCUACUUUCACCUGCUCGUGUGCAGAAGUUAAUCAAACUGCAGCUUUUACAGAGAAGGUAAGAGGCGGGGUGAUAGUACUAGAUAUACGACAACACUUCAAAUGUAGCAAAUACGAAAUAAGAUGCUGGCCAGCGGACCAAUCACAGCGCUCGUAGUCUGUGCUGUUUUGACAGUUAGUUACAUUUUCAUGAGGAGUUUUUAUCGGGUUAAAAAAAAGGCUAAAACUAAUAUUUAUGCAUCAUUAUGAGAUACAAAUACAAACCAGACUAUCAGGAAAAAGCUCGGCUAUUUCUAUAGAGGUGUUUUCAAUGAAUAUAAAAAAACGCUCGAGGGGGGAAGGCGCCGGAUAGAUUUAUACACCGCAAGAUACCAAAACAUUUUCCAUUAUUAAGAUUUAGGAGUUUUAAAACACAGCAUAAUGAGAUUCUUUGUCCGGAAACAGCGCUCGCACAUACCCAUAACUAAGAAGAGGCGAGGUACUCUUUUUGUCCACAGGGGGCGCCAAAAUCAACAUGAAUCAAAAGUUUAAAUAUUUAAACACAAAAAGAGAUUGAUUUAAAAUGUCAGAUCAUUUUGGGUAAUUCUUAAAAAAAAUUAAAUGAACUCUGAGUGAUUUUAAAAACAGUUGCAGUGAUGUUAAAUAUCAGAAUUUUAAUCUAAACAAACCACAGCAGCUGUUGGAUCUAUAUUUGGAGGAAACACUUUCUAACAUUACGAGGAAGCUGCAACCUCUCCAACACACAACACACCAAUUUACGCCAGUUUAAAGAAUAAUCCUACAUGAGUAUAAGUGAAGUAAUACUGUGUUAACCAAACUGUAAAUCUGUUUUUAUCGAUCAAACAAAAAAUAACAAGAACUAUUCAAGUAAAACCGUACAAAACAAACAGAUUUUCAGACGGAGCCUGGUGGUGAAAUCAGAGCUACACUCUGGUGACUCGAACUGAAAAAUAAAACGACAACAAUCAACAUAAAACUAGAUCAACAUCAGUUUGCAUCCCUUUUUUUGUGACAAUUUGAAGAAAAAAGUGCUUCAAACUCAAGUGAGAAAAGGAGGAGGAAAAGUAAAAAGAAGUAAUGUAAAGUUUCAGUCAGCUGCUGGUAUAAAUCAGAUUUUUAGUGAAAUUUUGUUCCUGUAUCAUUUAAAGAAAAUCUGGGGAGCAAAAAAAGCCAGAAAUGGGAUUCUUGCAUAGCAGAGUCCGGCAGAAUUUGGAGGUGACAGUCACACGUUACUGUCUUCAGGAGCUGCAACCUCCGCCAUCAAAAAGGAAACGCUCACAUCCUGUUGAUAAAACUUGGAUUGAAUGUGUAACUGCAGCACAACAGCUCCUCCUCCUCCAUGUGCCUCAGCACCACUUUCAGAACAGCGUGAGGACUUUUGUUCUCGAGCUGUUCUCGUUUCCGUCAGCUGAACUGGAUUUGGUUUCUGUGCCGAACAAAACUCCUUUAUCAGCUUUCACCGGUCUCAUGCUUUAUCUUAGAGAAGCACGUUCAUCAGAGUUUCUCUGCAGCACCAGCUCUCAGCUGACAUACAUAACCAUUUCAGCUGGUGGCGUUUGCUUUUAGGAUGAAUUAUAAAACCAAGUGGAUUACUUUGGUUAAAUACAGAGACAAACUAGCAGCAGCUCAGCUCACAGCCCCCAAAGCCUCACACUGAGCCUGGCAGAAAAGCAAAUUUAGAAAACGUCAGCUCUUUAAACGUUGAUGAAUGUGGGUUUUGAGACUUUUUUUAUGCCGCAAAGAGAGACUUAAACAUUUCUUUUCACCAGUGAAUGUUCCUGAAAAAAUGGUUUGUACUCUACCUGACUUUUUUCGCUUCAGAGAUAAAGGUAGUGACAGCUCAGCUCGCAGCCCCUGAACCUACACUCCAAACCGUUGAGAAAUUAAAACUUAGAAAACAAAGUCUCUUAAAAUGAGGGUCUAAUGUUUUAGAGGGGGUACUGUACUGUUUCCAGUAAACUAAUGGUGAACCUUCAGUCAUCUUUUGUUAGCAACAGCUCGCUUUGCAGCCUCCAUAGUCAAACAUCAGGCUUUAAAUACCUGCACACUUUUAAAGACAAAAAAAAUCUUUUCAAACUCUGAUGCGGCUUUUAAAAGGACCUUUUUCGUUUUGUUAUAAAAUAAGAAAGUGGUAGCUCAGUUUGCAGCCCCCCAGAGACUCACAGUGAGUCUUAAUUACUAAAUCUAGAGGCUUUCAAAAUGUUGAUACUGGUUUUCACGACUAUUUUUGUUUUGAAUAGGGCGACUUGGACGGUUUUUGACAGCUCAGCUCGCAGCCUCUUCAUCCCAUCACUUCAGGGAUUGCAGACAUUUAUUUUCAAAACUAUCUUCCAAAGUUAACGUGAGUUUUAGUUUGAGUUUUUGUUUUGUAGUGAGGGACUUAAACAACAUUUUCAGUCAGCAAACUCAGCUUUUGCCUUUUUGAAACAUGGGUUAUGCAUGUGAAAGUCAUAAAAAAGAUGCUUUAUUAAAAGAAAGGGCUGUGUGCAUAGAUAUGCCUUUCUUAUACAUCUAUGACGGUGUGAUUCUACAUGCUGAGACAGAGGGGACGGCACCUUAGCGCCCUCUAUUGACCAGCUGCCCCUGCUUUUGGAUUUAGAUCUAAAUUUUGACAGUGUGCUUUCUGCAUGAAAUACUAUCAACUUCGGAGCAUAUUACAUACUGAAGUGAGUCUCAGACACCAAAUCUAAGAAAAAAGGUGAGGUGCUGGCUAUUGUAGUAAAAACAUACCACAGCUAUAGCUAUUAUGUGUAAAUAAGAACAUCUUUUUAUAUUUUAUUUAUUUGGUUUUUAUUACACUACCACUCUACCUCCAGAAAGUGCAAUAUUUCUCACCAUGCUGCUAUUUUACCCUUAGUUUUUAUUGUUUUUCUGUAUAUUACAUGAAACACCAUCAUGCUGUAUAUGCUGAUAUGGAAGCCAAGCAACGGCAUUUGGUUGCAGAGAGAAAUCAAAUAAAGAAAGAAAUAAAAAAGGAAAGAAGGUCUAAGUCUAUUUUAGAGCACAAUUUUCACGUUUUGUGAAAAAGUUUCUGUUUCUGACCUCUUUUGUUGGUUUCUAAUUAUUUAUAAAUAUGUUAAAAUUAAAAUGAUGCCACUAAGACUUUUGAAUUUCUCUGGAGAUACAAGGCAUGAAUACUGAAAUUUCACUAAAGUCAGUAGAACACCGGUUAUGAUUUGGACAGGAAAAACAGCUAACCCAGAAAACACCUUUCACUGUUAAUAAAAUACUACUAAUGAAGGUUAAAUCUUAACCAGUGGCGGCUGUUUUUUCUCUUGGGGGGGUGCACUUAUUUACCACCCCAGAAAGCAGAGAGGGCAAUGCCAAAACACAAGAAUUGAUGUACAUUAUGUUCACAACCAUUUUAUGUGCUUUGACUAUGUAUAACUACUAACUAGGUUACAUCUGAGCACUUCUGCUGAGUCAAAUAGAUAAUUAAAUGCAGGUGAAUGUUACCAGUUAUUGAAUUUUCAUUUAUCUCCCCAGUGUUUGAUAUCUUUUGCUCCAGAUAAGAUAUAACUGGUACACACAAACCCUUAAAAUCUCCUUUUCCAUCAAUAAAUAAAUCAAGAAUGGAUAAAUAUGCAUACCUGUCUGAAUCCAGGCUUGAUCAGUUCCAAGGUUUAGAGUUAGCAUCCAGUUAGCCAAGAUAUCUUCUCAUACCAGCUCCGUGAAAAAGACCGCGAAAAUCUCCUCCCUUUGUCUUCGGACUGCCGUGUAAUUAAUACGUCCGGCCGGUCAGUUCCGAGCUCCUUCACUCUACAUUCCUCCUGCAGUGUUCUCCUCUCGUACAGCAUUGUUUUCAGUGACUUUACUGAAUUUUCUCUCUCCAUUUUCUCCUUUUUUCGGCUCUUUCUGGGACUCCGGCGACACUCUGUGCUCUACAUCACUCGCUUGGUGGUUUUCUUUAAAGGCAACCGCUCGCUCUCUGCUGCCACCCCAUGGCCGGUGGUGAAAAGCAGUAAAGUAAAAGCGACCAGACGGAGACAGGAAGGCACGAUCAACUGCGCCCCGUUGUAAUGAAGAGGAAUGAACUGCGUGUGCCAAAGUUGUAACGAGCGUCAAUGGGGAAAGAUGUGUGCGCAUAGACAUAAGAAAGGCUAGACAACUCGAGGCGGAGUCACCGGCGUCCCUACACGGCGGCCAUCUUAUGUGCAUCUGCAUGAUCAAAACACUCUUAACUCGCUGAAAUCUUGACAGAUUUACAAAUGGUUUUGUUUAUUACAGACCUUAAUAACGUGGCUAUGAGUCAGGAUGCUUGGACAUAUUAAAACUGCAGAUUUUCUUUUAGAAAAAAAAGGCUUUAUUGUGCAGCACAGUAGUUUCACAGCUAUUUGUGCGCAAGGGCUAACUUUGAGUCGCUUUGCAUGAGUUGUCAAGGCUGAGACCACAAUCAAGAUUUUAAUUUCUUGUAUGACAGCUUAUUAUUUAUUAUUUUUAUUUUUAUUUAUUUAGUCUAAGUGACAGUCUUUGUGGAUGGUCUUGUGUUUAUCAGCUGUCUAACUUGGCGAACAGACUCGCUGUGAGUGAGACCAAGUACAUAUUACAAAGUUGACCCAGUAAUUUUACAUCAGUUAAAGAGACAGAAAUGCUCUUUGGACUCAACAAAAGUUAAGUUGCACAUGAUUUCCAAGCUGUUUGAUUUGUUAAAAACAUCUAAAAUGGCAACAUGAGGCAGAAAUUUAUAUAGAAAAUAAGAAUAUAUGUUAUUGUCAUAUGUUAUUAUAGUUAUCCCUAUAAUAGAAAUAUUACUAAUAAAACAUACAUGGAGUUAUGAAAUGUUUAAUAUAUAAAUGAUUUAAUAUAACUGCCUUGUGUGUGUAGGCCUAUAGCGAUUGCUCUACCUAUCUGCUUAAUGUUUAUUUAUAAAAAUCCAUGGUUAAAAUUAUUCUUGAGUAUACAGGAACAUAACUAAAACUUGAGGUUUGUUACAAACCAAACCGUUUGAAAAUCAGUUUAAAAUUAAUCAAUCUAUGAUUAUUUAAAUGCUACAUGCACUGUAGACUGGAACGUUAUGAGUGGACGAGCGUCUCGUAGCAAGGACGUCCGUCUCUAUUGGCUAACAGCGUGCAUAAGCCAUUUGCCGUUUGUAUUUAUAUCUAUGGCUUAAAUGAUAGAUUUCGCAUGCUAACUGAACUGGAGUGGGAACCAACAAACCUCUGCCCAACAGAGAGAAGUAUAACGUGCUGGAACUAUUUUCCGUGGAAUGAUUCGAUGAGAUGUGUGACGAACGUUGAUCAUUUAGCAUAUGAACUAAAAUAACCGUCUUCCCGGUCGGCUAACUAGCAAGAAAGCUGGGUGACACAAUCAUCUGUCUUUGGUUCUCUGCGUUUGGACUUGUUUCGCUACACUUAGGCCUACCUUUCUUUACUCGUAGAGACGGCUCAGUAUCCUACAUCCACAGGCCAAUGUCGCACUGCAUUUGAUUGUGUAACCCCACUGCGCUCGUUUAAUGAAGUCAGGAAACUUCACAAAAAAAGCCUUUACUUUCCGCCGAAUAAUCAAGUCUAAAACAGCAACAACUUAUACAAAAAUAAAAAAAAAAAUACAGGAGCAAAAACUGAAUAAUUCUCAAGACUAAGAAGAAAUACGUUCCCCUCUGAACUCACACAUAUUCUGCCUUUCAACAUGAUAUAAACAAAGUUAUUACCAGUUAAUGGUGCUUACAGUGAUUUUUAAUCUAUAACUGCUUGCUGUGAUCCCACAAGAAAUGCAAACUUCAACCAACUUGGCAUGUGAAAAAAUCUUGUAAAAAUAAAUACUUUCAGGAGAAAUUUGAUUUUUUGAAAAAUGACCAAAAUGAGUCAUCAUUUACAUGUGAAGGGUUCGUCUAAACCUGCAUUAAUCAUUAAUCACCUUAGACAGGUGAGAGAAGAAACGGGACGAAUGCAUGAAAAACAUCCACCACACCAGUCAUCACCUGUUCUCCCUGCUACCCUCAGGGAGGCGCUAUAGGGCACCGAGAGCCUGCACCUUCAGACUCAAAAACAGUGUCUUUCACAGAGCCAUAACUGAACUUAAUGUCAGGCCAAUAAAUGCAAUAAUGUGACCCUCUAUUUAUUCAUUCAUUUAUUAACAGUGCAAUAUGAGACUACGUGUAAUUACUUCUUAUUUAACAGUGCAAUAUGGGACUAAGCGCAGUUACUCCUCAUUUAACAGUGCAGUAUGGGUCCACGUAUGCAGCACUACUACAGUGACACAAUGGUCAAUGUUGAUCAACAUCUUUAUGUUUUAAAUAUGUCUUUUAACAUGGAUGAAUGCUGUCAAAUGUAUGCACUGUUGUACUUUUUGUUGUCCUUUUUGCAUUCAGGAUGGCACAACGAAAUUUCGUUGCUUUGUGCAAUGACAAAUAAAGUCUAUUCUAUUCUAUUCUAAUAUCUAACAUCAUCAUCUAGCAGUGAGGUUUCUUCAUGCUGCGUAAAGACAUCCAAAUACACAAAUAAAAAACCAGAGAAUAACGGCCAUCUGAGUCCUGGUUUCAUCUUCUACAAAGACUGGUUAUUUCUGCCCAUCCUCACUGUAAACCCCUCUGCUUCGGUCAGCAGCGGGGUUUCUCCUCCUCGCUGCCCGGCCCGCUGACAAAGAGUCUCUUGAGGGAGAGGAGCUGCAGGUACCCCGAGGUGACGAUGAGGAGGCUGAGGGCUGUAGACCACCAGCUGAUGUACUGUGAAUUGGACCGGAGCAGAUAGUAGUCAGCGCUCUUCCUCAUACGGCCGAAGGUGUAGAAGCGAAAUAUGUGGAAGACGUGGCUCUCCACUUUGUGACUCAAUUCCUGGAAAACAUAAUGAUUCUAUUAAUUUUAUUAUUUUUCAACCUUUUUAAAAGAGCUCUAUUUUCUAUGUCUUUCAUUUUCAUACACUGCAAAAUAUUUCCUACCUACCUGUGGCAAUAAACUUUUCACUUCACGGUAUUGUGUAUGAUUAACUAUUACCAGCUCUCCUGGACUAGAGAGACUGUAGGUGUCAUAGUUUGUUCUUUCAAUCAGGCUAAAGGCGCUACAUUGAUAAAGCCGUAAAUAUCCUCUGAGUCCUGUGUGUCAGUUGAAGCUCUUCUCUCAUGUUUCCGCUCUGAGAAUAAGGCAGGGUUUAUCACUUGAUAUACAACCAGUCACCAGGGGGUGCUGUUCUCACGGAGGCUUCUUCACCCAGCAAGGAGGCAGAUGACGUCUAUUUUACAUACAGUCUCUUGGCAGGACAUCAGGUAAGUGAGAAAAGUUUGAUCAUAGCUGUCAUAAGUUUUCACUCUGGGCUGAAAGAAGUGCUUUACUCUGUAUGUCAGGAGAGUCUGUCUUUGUUUGAAAUAUUUAGCAGUUUAGAGCUGUCCUGCAUGCUCUCUCAUCAACCCUGAAUCUGCCAGUAGGUUAGUGUCCCAGGAGGAAUCAGUAGAAGAUAGACAGCAGUUAUUGUGUCCCAGCCACUGAAAGAAUAGAUCCAAAGCACAGUAGCUAGUUAGCUAGAUAAAGUCUCAGUAUUUGUUGGUUUGUAUUUGUUCACAGUACAACACCAUUAUCUUUUUGACUGUUACUAUUUGAGCAGAUCAGCGUUCUACUGAGAAGGUAUUAGAUGGAUAUGGAAGUGAAGGGAGAUGGGCAGACAUGCUGCCAGAGGAAGAGCAUUUUGUGUAGUUCUUUUCUCUCCCUGCCUCGAGGUAGAGGGUUUCUACCUUUAUCAACAAUGACUCCCAAGAAAGAGGAAAGUUAGCUGACUCCUGAAAUGGCUCAUAGAAAUGAAAUGGAUGAAUCAUUAUUAACUGUCCUGUAUCAGUAUAUAAACUACCCUGAGUCUCAUGAGUUUUCCCUGAGUACAUAUCUCAAAGUGUCAUAAAGGUCAAUAUUUUAGAAGUAUAUUCAUUUGUUUAAAGAUAAACUGCCCUUUUGUGAGUUUCAGGCCCUGCCCCUCUAAAAUCUUACGCAUGUCUCUGCUCAAGGAUAUGACUGCAACAAGGACUCUCACCAAAGUCAAGUAAGUAAUUACAUGUUUAAAGGAGUGUUGUUGUCUGAGCCAUUUAGACUAUGAUAAUGGGCUGUGAUUAGGACCAUCUAGUGGUCUGAUUGUAGAACUACAUCCUGUGAUUUCUGUGAAAUCUGCACUGACUUGUUUCUUGAUCGGACAGGUUCUGACGUCACUCUGAAGUUAUGAGGAUGUGACAGUGUCCUCGGAUCAAACGCUCACAGACACCAGGACUGACGAGGGACAAACGAGCAGCUUCUUCUCUCCACACAUGAAGGUGGAAAGUGUCUGUAAGCUGACCUGAACUCUCUUCAACAGGUGAGGAUCCUUCCAGAGAAAUCUGAUCAUGUCUGAGGAUCAGGAUCCGUGUGCUCACAUGGUGCUGGAUCACUGUUGAAGUGUAGAAAUCUUUCUUGAUGCUGAUUGGCUGUUUGAAACAUGUUGUAGAAUUUCUCUCUGAGUUAAAGAGCAGUGAUUUCAGACAGAUCCACCUGCUCUAUAGUUGGUGUUUGUGGAGUCGACUCAGCAGCAGUUCGACAGUAAUCUGAGUCACACCAUCAGGGAAAAAUGCAGGGAGUGUCUGAACUGGUCUGACAGCCUGGAUCGACUUGGCUCAGGUGCUUUUAUUUUGAAACGGUUGAUACUCUGAGGUGAACGGUUCAAAGGUCAGAUCACUUCCAGCACUAAGACUGACUGAGUUUUACUGGAGAGCCUUUGGGUGGGUCAAAGUCUCAGUGGUCCCAGAAGUUUCAGAUAAUUGCAGAUGGACCAGAGCCAGUCCAGGAUGGAAGUGGACUCAGUGGUUGAUUGAGACCCAUCAGCUGUCAGGGGCCGCUAUAAGACAGAAAAUGAGCCAUCCUAUGUCAGUGUUUGAUAUUUGUCCAACUUUGAAAACUUAUAAUCAAAACUAAAGAUUUUUUUUAAUCAAGCUAAUAAAACAUUUUGAUUUAAAGAGACUUUUUUAUUUUACUCUUACUCAUUUGAACAACAGUGUUUAUGUUAUAGAUAAUUGUGAUGACCACAGUUUAUUUAUGGGAGAGUCUGGGGGCUGUAACUCAUUCUGGACUCAUCAGAUCCUGUUUGAGGCUCCAACAAGGUUUCUGUCAGUCCUGAAUGUUUGUGUUAUUGAGAGGAAUGAGAACUGAAGUGUCCUGUGGUGUAAAGCUUGUUGUACUGACUGAGUAUGUUGUUGUGUUUGUGUGAAGGUGGGGGCUCUGCUAUGAAUCAGUGUGAGGACAGAGAGGAGGGGGCCCCUCCCUCUAAAACCACUCUGUGGGGGGAACAUGAGAGCCAGACCAAAGUUCAGAGGUGAGAUGAGGAUCUCCAACUGUCCAUGACUCUUCUCCAUGUCAGAGCUCAGCACUCACAUCACUCCACCAUCACUAUUAUUCACACUCAGACCUCUGUCUGUCUGUCUGUCUGUCUAAGACCUGAACGGCAGUACAGACCAGACUCCCCUGGACCUGGACCCAGCUGUCUGUCCUUCAAGAGUGACCGGUCUAGAAGUCUAAUAAUUGAUUUCAAAGAUGGACUUCAGUCUGAUCGUCAAAAGUAAUAAUCUAUAACAGCAGCACUCAAACCUGGAAGAUUUUCAGUGUUCUUGUUUCUUCAUCAGUGUUUGUGUUUCUGUCAGAGUCAAACAUGAGAGACCAGACUCUCCUGGACCUGGACCUGGACCCAGCUGUGUGUCCUUAAAGAGUGAGGGGUCAAUGUUCAGACUUCUUGAUUUCAAAGGAGAUAUUUGUGAUGAGCAAAGGUGAGACUUUCAAACUGAACUUUCUUUUGUUGUGUGUGAAACUUUUCAUCCUAACUGUGGUCAGUGUUUUCUCUGUGAAGGUGAAGAUUUUUCAGGGUUUGUGUUUCUAUCAGGAUCCAACAGCAGUAAACAGGAUCUGAGCCACAAAGACCUGGACUCUGCAUGUAUCUUCAUGUGUGUCUGUAGGAGGAUCCAGCAGUGUUUCUACCAGGAUCCUCUAGAUAGACUCUCUCACAUGUAACCCUGUGUCUCCUUAUAUUAUAUCCACUACAUUAGAUUCUGUUUGUUCCACAGAGUUCAGCAGCAGAGAUCAGAGGUUCCCAUUGGUCAGUCUGCCCAGCAGCAUCAAACACAGCUGGACUCCAUAUUUAUGGUAGGUGUAAAUGUACAAACACAGCUCCUACUGAUCAUCAGAGCAGACACUCAGUAUAUUUGGAGGUUUCUGGAUUGUUUCCUAAUGACUCUGCAAACAUCAUCUCUGCCUGAAUUAUCUUCACACUCACAGUUUGACUGAUUGAAUGAAGCCUCACAUUUAUGACCUGCACAGAGUCAGAGGUCAGAGGUCAUGGUGGAUGGUGGUCUCACAGACUCAGACUUUGGCAGCAGAGAGCAGAGUUCACAAACUGAGUCCAGUUUGAAGUUUAAAGAACAGAAAGACUUUGGUUCAUGUCGAUGACAGCUGCUGCUUUCAGCUUCAUUCUAAUAAACACAUCACCUCUAAAUUCACUGCAGACUUUUUCUCCAUGAAACCACACCAGGAGGUUUCUCCAGUAUGAAGGUCAGGUCAUAGAAACUGGAUUUGUAGAAGACAGGACCAUCCACAAAGUCAAUCCUGAAGCAGCAUUGUGAUCCAGUCUCCAUGCUGGACUCUGUAGACCAGCAGGCUUUCUGUCUGUCACAGAUGAUCUGAUGUUCAGUUCUACAAGUUCAAGUCAACAUUUUGUUCUGUUCCAGCUGCUCCAGGAGAACAUGAUCAGCUUUGUAAAGGAGCAGCUGAAGGAGAUCCAGAGAGUUCUGAGUCCAGAUGAACCAGAAUACUUAGAGAGUCCGAGGGAGGAUGAGGAUGAAGAGCAGAGGAGGAGCAGAGAGGCAUUUCUGAAGAUCACUGUGAACUUCCUGAGGAGAAUGAAGCAGGAGGAGCUGGCUGACUGUCUGCAGAGAAGUAAGAGGAUUUGAAGAGAUUUAACAUGAUGGAAAGAGGAAAUGGAGACAACAUGGGAGAGGUUUAGAGUUCAGACUCUGCUGUUCAUAUGAUGCACACAUUUGUAUCACAUCUAUGAACUGAGAGAAACUGAUCACAGCUGAUGAGCUGAAGAGAUUUCAGAGAGGAGGGAAAUCAAAUCCAUCCUGAUGUCUUCAAGUGUAAAUUCAUCAGACUGAUUGUAGCUUCAGAUGAUUCAUCACAUUUCUUUUUGUUCAUUCAGGAUCUGCUGCUCCAGAGUGCCGACACAAACUCAAGUCCAACCUGAAGGAGAAGUUCCAGUGUGUGUUUGAGGGGAUUGCUAAAGCAGGAAACCCAACCCUUCUGAACCAGAUCUACACAGACCUCUACAUCACAGAGGGAGGGACUGGAGAGGUCAACGAUGAACAUGAGGUCAGACAGAUUGAAACAGCAUCCAGGAGAGCAGAGCGACCAGAAACAACCAUCAGACAAGAAGACAUCUUUAAAGGCUCAUCUGGAAGACAGGAACCAAUCAGAACAGUGAUGACAAAGGGAGUGGCUGGCAUUGGGAAAACCGUCUUAACACAGAAGUGGACUCUGGACUGGGCUGAAGACAAAGACAACCAGGACAUCCACUUCACAUUUCCAUUCACCUUCAGAGAGCUGAAUGUGCUGAAAGAGAAGAAGUUCAGCUUGGUGGGACUUGUUCAUCACUUCUUCACUCAAACCAAAGAAGCAGGAAUCUGCAGCUUUCAACACUUCAGGGUCGUGUUCAUCUUUGACGGUCUGGAUGAGUGUCGACUUCCUCUGGACUUCCACAACAAUCAGGUCCUGACUGAUGUUACAGAGUCCAGCUCAGUGGAUGUGCUGCUGACAAACCUCAUCAGGGGGAACCUGCUUCCUUCUGCUCGCCUCUGGAUAACCACAAGACCUGCAGCAGCCAAUCAGAUCCCUCCCGAGUGUGUUGACAUGGUGACAGAGGUCAGAGGGUUCACUGACCCUCAGAAGGAGGAGUACUUCAGGAAGAGAUUCAGAGAUGAGGAGCAGGCCAGCACAAUCAUCUCCCACAUCAAGACAUCCAGAAGCAUCCACAUCAUGUGCCACAUCCCGGUCUUCUGCUGGAUCACUGCUACAGUUCUGGAGGAUCUGCUGAAGACCAGAGAGGGAGGAGAGCUGCCCAAGACCCUGACUCAGAUGUACAUCCACUUCCUGGUGGUUCAGUCCAAACUGAAGAACAUCAAGUAUGAUGGAGGAGCUGAGACUGAUCCACACUGGAGUCCAGAGAGCAGGAAGAUGAUUGAGUCUCUGGGAAAACUGGCUUUUGAGCAGCUGCAGAAAGGAAACCUGAUCUUCUAUGAAUCAGACCUGACUCAGUGUGGCAUGGAUAUCAGAGCAGCCUCAGUGUACUCAGGAGUGUUCACACAGAUCUUCAGAGAGGAGAGAGGACUGUACCAGGACAAGGUGUUCUGCUUCAUCCAUCUGAGUGUUCAGGAGUUUCUGGCUGCUCUUCAUGUCCACCUGACCUUCACCAACUCUGGAGUCAACUUGAUGAAAGAAGAACAACGAACAGCAUCUUUAAUCUCUAAAACCUUCAGUGUCAAACCAAAACUGAAACAUCUCCAUCAGAGUGCUGUAGACCAGGCCUUACAGAGUCUGAACGGACACCUGGAUUUAUUUCUACGUUUCCUCCUGGGUCUUUCUCUGCAAACCAAUCAGAAUCUCCUGAGAGGUCUGCUGACACAUACAGGAAGUAGCUCACAGACCAAUCAAGAAACAGUCCUUUACAUCAAGGAGAAGAUCAGUGAGGAUCUGUCUGCAGAGAAAAGCAUCAAUCUGUUCCACUGUCUGAAUGAACUGAAUGAUCGUUCUCUAGUGGAGGAGAUCCAACGGUCCCUGAGAUCAGGACGUCUUUCCACAAAGAAACUGUCUCCUGCUCAGUGGUCAGCUCUGGUCUUCAUCUUACUGUCAUCAGAAAAAGAUCUGGACGUGUUUGACCUGAAGAAAUACUCUGCUUCAGAGGAGGCUCUUCUGAGGCUGCUGCCAGUGGUCAAAGCCUCCAACAAAGCUCUGUAGGUGGACUCAUGAGAGAUGAAACAUUAUUGUUCAUGAGAGAUGAAACUUUGUGUCUGUGUUAAUCACUGAUUCUUCUUCAGGCUGAGUGGAUGUAAACUGUCAGAGAGAAGCUGUGAAGCUCUGUCCUCAGUCCUCAGCUCCCAGUCCUCCAGUCUGAGAGAGCUGGACCUGAGUAACAAUGACCUGCAGGAUUCAGGAGUGAAGCUGCUGUCUGCUGGACUGAAGAGUCCUCACUGUAAACUGGAAAUUAUCAGGUCAGGUUUUCUGCUGAUUGAGUUUUGUAGUUGUUUGAAUGAAAUUGUCUAAAGUUGGUACACUUUUACUUGUUUCAUAUAUUUUUUCUGACUCCAGGUUAUCAUUCUGCCUGAUCACAGAAGAAGGUUGUGCCUCUCUGACCUCAGCUCUGAGCUCCAACCCCUCACACCUGAGAGAGCUGGACCUGAGCUACAAUCAUCCAGGAGACUCAGGAGUAAAACUGCUUUCUGCUGGACUGGAGGAUCCUCUAUGGAGACUGGACACACUGAGGUAUAACCAGACAGUUACUGGGUCACAGACAACUACAGAUAUAUUUGGUUUCUGCUGCCUGAGGUCUUCACUUAGCAGGUCAUCAUUGGGGACCAUCUUUCUGAUGGACUCUUGAAUGUGAACUGUUUCAUCCUGGAUAGUAGCUCUGAUGCUCAUUAGUUCUCAGCCUCCCUCCUUCCUCUUAGUGUAGACCCUCAGGGUUCUGGAUUCAGGGUGAAAACUUCCAUUUGAGAAUUUUGAGGAGCUUUCUUGUCUUGAUGUCAGUGGUUUUUAUAAAGAACCAUUUUUAAAUGCUCUUUAUGGAGGACCGCAAGGGUCGCAGAAAUUAAAUAGAGUAUUUUUAAUUGAAAAGGUUAUUGUACUUUUAAAACAGGAAUUCAUAAGGUGGUUUCCAAAUUCAUGAGUUCAUCCAUGAACAAAUCCAGGAAUCAUAAAAAGAGUCUACAAAUGAAUCCUUAAAACUGUACAAAAGUUUAUUCUUUAACCCUCGGUUCUGGUUAAUUUUAAGCUCCAUGCACCCUACUUUGUCUCCAAAACAGAUAAGUGUUGAUUAAAUAAUCAUUUUUAAACAUUUUAUUUUUUACUUUUUUCAACUCCUAUCGCUCGAACAACUUCAGCCCUGAUCAUUUAAAAAAAUAACGAAUAGAAAAUUCGAUGUGUGACCCUUUUUAUGCCAGUUUUUGUGCACCAUAUUGCUGCUAUUUUUAAUGGUAAAAAACACAAAAUUACCAUAUUUCCCAUAUAAAAUGACCUAGAUGAAAAUAUUUUUCUUGAUAUGGCUGGGCCAUGUCAAUGAUGAGAAGUAAAAAUGAUUUUGUCUCAUUUAAAUUCUUUUUGUAGUGCCAAUUUUUCGUAUCUGAAGCUCCAUCCAGCCUACUUUGUCUCCAAAACAAACAUGCAGAUAAGUGUUCAUAAAAUAUUUUUUUUAUUUUUACUUUUUUUUUACUCAAAUCUCUUGAACAACUUCAGCCCUAACCAUUAAAAAAUUAAUGAAUAAAAAAUUUCAUGUAUUUCCCUUUUUAUGCCAGUUUUUGUGCAGCAUGUCAUAUUUAUUGAUGAAGUGUUCAUUCUUAACAGCUGAGUCUGUUGGAGCAGAAAAACACGACAUUUUCACCUCCUUUUCUGGAGCCUCGUCCUCUACCAAAUCAAAUGCAAUUUUGUUUAUAUUUAAUUAAUUUUAUAUAUAGGCAUAUAAAAUCUGAAGAUAUCUGUAAGAUAGGAAUCAUUAAUAAGUGUUUAUCCUCCUCUAACUAAAAUCUGACCGUGAUUACACUGAUAUAAAAAUAACUGCAUAUUUGAGAUGUGAUAUCUUCUCCCCUAAUGAUCUGACGGACCUGUUCAUCCUCAUGCAUGUCCAUCCACCUGCUCUGAAGUGAGGACAAAGUUGAAGUUGUCCAAAUGUAGGGUUGGGUAUCGUUUGAUUUUGAACGAUUCCGAUUCCAAUUUCGAUUCCUCAUUUCGAUUCCGAUUCCUAUCGAUUCUCUAAUUCGAUUCUUUUAAAAGGCAGGAUAUCAAAAAGAAAAAAGAAAAAAAAACAUGGUUUGAAUGAAGGUGCUAAGCGGGGCUCUUCUUUUUGGAUGAAAUUUCUGAACUUCUCCAUGAAUUUUUAAAUCAUAUUAACUUUUUAGGAACUUUACUAUGGAUUUCUCACAUUUUCAACCAGUAUAUAAAUAUCAUUUUUUGUUGUCAGGUCGUUUGUCUAUGAAAAAGCACAAGGGCUAACGUUAGUUGCAUAUUUAAGUUGACCCACCGUACACAGUUCAAUUUCUUUACCGUUUCAAAGUUAGCAGAGGACAGAAGUCAUUUAUUGUUCCACUUAUCUGAUCCUGACUGGUUAGCGGAAGACAGGUGUUGUGCUGUAGAAUGCACCCCUGCCGUAGAAUGCCUCCCCUACACUGAUUAGCUUCUUAGUGGAAGAAAUAUGAUCUCAUAUUUAAUAAAACAAGGGUAUUAGAUCAUGAAAACGUGUCAAAUGGAGCAGUAAACUUUCGUUUUGUUUGUAUGUGUCUCAAAAAUGCACACAUAAAGGUGUACUUGGGUAUAUAAACUGUAGAGUAAGCUGUUAAUGUAGAGAACAUUAUAUUUUCAGGACAGUAAAUAUUCCGAAUCAGAGGGCUAUUGUUUUCGGCAUAUCUGAAUAGCCUGAAUGAAAUCAUUAAAGGCACACGCUUUAGAUUCCGUCCAACGGUAAGAAAAACUUGGAUUGUUUCGCCUUGUUGUGUACUUUCAACCGCGCUCCCGUCAGGGGUGCAUUCAACAGCAGGGGUGCAUUCUAUGGCACAACACCGGCGAAGCGCGUCAAAGACGAGCACUCGGGUAUUUCUCCUCCAUGAAUCCUGAGGCGUUUAAUCACGUUGGUUGUUUACCCUCCUUUACAUGAUAUAACUGUAUUGCUAAUGUUGCACUGAGAUAAGAGUUCAUUCUUCCUGCUAAAGUUAGCCAAACUUUUGACCAACGAAGAAGAAGCUGCCGAACACCAACGAGGACGGAGCGUAUGAGACGAAGCCACACAGAGAGAGGAGAGAGACAGAGAGAGAUUGUAACCCACAGCGGCUGUAUUGCUGUGGGUUGCAAUGUACUUUCUCUCUCUGUCUCUCUCCUCUCUCUGUGUGGCUUUGUCUCAUACGCUCCGUCCUCAUUGGUGUUAAGCGGCUUCUUCUUCAUUGAUUUUCGGCGGCUAUUUCUUCCGGUCGGCGGACUCUGGCAUCGAAACUUGGAAUCGAAAUUUUAAUAUUUGAACGAUACCGGAAGAAUCGAAGUUUUAGUCCCGAUUCCCAUCGAUUCUCGAUUCUCGAUUCCCAACCCUAUCCUCUUUGUCCCACACUGCAGAACUUGGACGUCAGAUUCUCAACUGUAAAAACUCACGUCAUGCCCGGUUCUAAACAGGGAUGCAGAUUCUCACCCGUGCACACACGCAGGAGCACACAAACUUCUCCUUCCACACAUAUCCCACUCUUAGACAUCCAUAUCUAGUGUCAUGUAAAGUUUCCUUCAUUUCUGAUGAUGUUUAGUGGAUGAAUCUUCAGACUCUCUCAGUCCAUGAAUGAAGACUUGCGUGCUCAGCGGCUCUGAAGGGGUUAAAAUGAUGUGCGGCUCAGUCUGUUGUCUCACUGUGGGAAAGUCAAAUUUAGAGUCCUGCUGAUCGACUGACUGCAGAAAAAAGGUUUAAUAUGUUGUUAUGGUGCCGUAAACACACGCUCAAAAAAACCUGUUUUUAAUGGAAGUCUAUUGGUCGAUUUGUGGACAAAGGAGGGUGGGCGGAGCUAAAAUGACGGCGACAGAGAACUACAGGUGACACUGAGUUUUUUUUAAUAUAUGUAGAAAAAUAAGAACUCUCACCACAUUUGAUGCUCCAAUCUUUAAAAAUGUGACUGUCAGCUCAAAAUAAAGAUGAAAAAAAAGACAAAUGUCCUCAAAACGGACAGAGGAGGAACUGAGGGUUAAAAAAACAUGAAUGUAUUCCCUAGUCAAUAGUUUAAAAAUCAGUCUGAAAAUGAAAUUUUAAAAAAGAGAAAUAAAGAAGUGAAUUGACAAACUGAAGUAAGAAUACAGCUUUUAAUCAGACAUUUAAAGGACAAUUCCUCUUUUUAUUUACAUUUCCUGUCUGCUUUUCCUUUUCCUGUUAGCUAAUCGAUUAUCAAAGUCUUUUAUCUUUCCGUUCCUCCUCUCCAUUUUUCCUUCCUUCACACUUUGGGCCUUGAGCUGGUAAAACCAGGUAAAACAGUGAAGAUGAUCCAUGAAACAAGCUCUCUGAUUGGUUAUCACCUGGCCUAUUACAUGCAGAUGUCUGCAGGGAGGUGAAGAUGAUGGAGGAUGAGGAAGAGUAGACCUUAUCCAGUGUUCCAGGCUGAAAGAGGUCCAAACCUGGAUAUUGUGACUCUGUGGUCAUUUCUCAGCUCCCUGAUUGAUGAACAGACACACAGACUAAAAACAGAGAUGAUCAGGAGAGAGAUGGGCUCAUAUUUGAAGUUCAAACACAUUUGACAGUCCUUUAGCCCACGUCAGAACUCAGAGAAGAUGCUUUAUUACACCUGAUGUUACAAGAUGAAGGUUCACAUCUAGUUGAAUGAUCAGAGCAGAACAACAUUCAGAUCUCCUCCAGAUCCUUUAUUUCAUUCAUCCAUACAGACCAGGAUCAACUCUCCUGGCUGACAUGGGAAGGUCUUCUCUUCUUGAUUUUCUGCUCUCUUUGUUUGGUGAACCAUCAAACAAACCCUCAGAGCUACAGAGAAACACCUCCUUCAUACAUCCACCCUCAGUCAGAAACAUGGACUCAAAGUACUGGCUGCAGAAGUGGGUUCAAAGGAGAUCAGAUAGUCUUCAUUGAGCUUCAUCAGCUGAGCUCUACUGCUUUACUGGCACAGCUACAUUCAGUGAGAGCAGCAGCAGACCUGUCAGUCAGGAUCAGGUAAGCUGAGGGGCUGUUUGAGGACAUGCACUGACUUUGCUCCACUUCCUGUCCAUCCCAAACUGCAGGAAAUCCACCUGCUGUUCCAGGUGUGAUGCUCCUACUCCCUCUGCUCUAGUUGACUCUGAAUGAUCCAAGAAGAGCCUCACACACUCACAUGAGUUCAUCUGAGAGCUUUCAUUUCAUCUUCAUUCAAAUUUAGAAGAAGAGAGCCCACUACUUCAUCUCUCUAUCUGCAGACAAGCUUUCAAGUCUAUUUAGAAGGAGCUUUUUAGACCAAAGUGUGGACAGCUGCCCUAAAAGAAGAAAUGAAGGUCUUUUUCCAAAGGGUCCAAAUCAAGUCUCCAUGUUGUAGGACAGACCAACAGCCAGCCUUUGCUCUUUGAAUCUUGUUGUUUUUCUGUGAGUUUCUGUCAGAAAGACUCAGAAAAAGUGACAGAGUGAUGGAGACUGUUGGCUCAGAUGAGUUUCAGCCUGUUUCUCUGUCACAGGGACAAACUGAGGAACUCUGCUUCAUGUUGGACAGCAGGUAGGACUCAUGUUGGACACUCAAUCAUUCUGACUGUGUUUCUUCCUCCAGGGUGGACCAUGGUGGAGAGCAGUGGUUAAAACCUGGUCUGAAGAAGUGUAAGUGUUGAAUCAGUUUGACUCCUGAUGACCAAACAGCAGACUGUCAGCUAACAAAGAAGAAAGCCUUCAGGUGUGUCUGAUGAUAACCUGCUGCUGUGUUGUGUCUUUUUCUCUCUGUCAGAUUUCUCUGAACUCACACUGGACUCAAACACAGUAAACGGACUCCUCAGACUGUCUGAAAACAACAGGGAGGUGACACAUGUGGAAGAGGAUCAGUCAUAUCCUGAUCAUCCGGACAGAUUUGACCUCUAUCCUCAGCUUCUGUGUAGAGAUGGUCUGACUGGUCGCUGUUACUGGGAGGUCGAGUGGAGAGGAUGGGUUCAUAUAUCAGUGAGUUACAGAGGAAUCAGAAGGAAAGGAGACAGUGGUGACUGUGUGUUUGGACUUAAUGAUCAGUCCUGGAGUCUGUUCUGCUCUGAUAAAAGUUACUCUGUCCGUCACAAUAACAGAGGAACAGACCUCCGUCUCCCCUCGUCCUCUGUCUCUCACAGAGUAGCAGUGUAUGUGGACUGUCCUGCUGGCACUCUGUCCUUCUACAGCAUCUCCUCUGACACACUGAUCCACCUCCACACCUUCAACACCACCUUCACUCAACCUCUCUAUCCUGGGUUCUGGCUCUGGUUUCCUGGUUCCUCAGUGAGUUUGUGUUCUGUGUCGGAGGGAGAGUCUCCUCCUCUCUACACAAACAGCAGCUGAAGAACAGUUGACCCUCUGCACUAACACAAACUUCAGCUGAUUAUCUGACUGUUUGUAUCCUGUCACAUCAGUCUGAAUGUCUGUUAUCAAAGAGCAGGACUCCGUGUCAAACUGGCUCACUGAACUGGACUGAUUUCUGUCUCUACGGGGGAAAAAUCCGCCUCAUUCAGCACAUUUUUCUUCACUGUAUUGAUCAGAAAGUUUGUCUGAACAGUCAGAGUCAGACUCAUGAAACUCUUCUUCACCUGCACAGGUGUUCAUACCUGUGUUUGAACUGAUGAAGGUCAUGUCCUCAUGAGACUGCAGGCUGGUUCACACACACAGAAAAAUCUGAGCCAAGCUGAGAGGAGGAUUAGAAAGAAGUGAAGACAGAAAACAUGAAAAUCUGGAGCCGGAGCAGCAGACUGUAAACAGAAGAGAAAGUGAACGUCACCUCUUAACCAACAAACCUGCUUUAGAAAUCAUUACAACUCAAAUCAAAGAGAAAAAUCACAAUGAAUGAAAAAAGAAGGGUGAAAAAUUCAAGAGGAGUAAUACAGGUGUAAGAAUUGAUGUAAGGACGUUUAUGAAACAUGAACUCAAUAAAGAAAUCUAUAUUCUAACAGCUGUCUCAGUUUAGUUCUUACUAAUAAUCAAAUGGAUAUUAAUGAUGUUAUUGGAUGGAUCUGAAUAUUUAAAAUCAAUUCUAAAACUUACCAGGAGCCGAUGAAGUGAAGCUGAAAUAGGAGUUCUAUGAUCGUAGCUCACCUGGAGGAUACGCUGUUUGAGCCGAGCGUCAUCACAGCGACUCUCCUAACGAAUGAUUAGAACGCUACUGCGCAACGUUGGUUUCAGGAAGUGGAAAAAAAAACGCGGAAUUACCGAGAACUUUUCGGCUUCAAAUCUGUAUACUGGCAGAAGGCAGAACCAAGUUGUCCAUAAUAUAUACAGUCUAUGGUUGAGACAGAGGGUGCGGCGCCCUCUAUUGACCAGCCGACCCUGCUUUUAAAUUUAGAUCUAAAUUUUGACAGUGUGUUUUCUGCAUGAAAGACUAUCAACUUUGGAGCAUAUUACAUAGUGAAGUAAGUCUCAGAAACCAAAUCUUAGAACAGAGGUGAGGUGCUGGCUAUUGUAGUAAAAACAUACCAUAGCUGUAGCUAUUAUGUGUAAAUAAGAACAUAAACCCUUAGUUUUUAUCGUCUUCCUGUAUAUUAAAUUAAAAACCAUCAAGCUGUGAUAUGGAAGCCAAGCAAUGACUUUUGGUUGCAGAGAGAAAUCAAAUAAAGAAAGAAAUAAAGAAGGUCUAAGUCUAUUUUAGAGUACAAUUUUCACGCUUUGUGAAAAAGUUUCUGUUUCUGACCUCUUUUGUUGGUUUCUAAUUAUUUAUAAAUAUGUUGAAAUUAAAGUGAUGCCACCAAGACUUUUGGAUUUCUCUGGAGAUACAAGACAUGAAUACUGAAAUUUCACCAAAGUCACUAGAACACCGGUUAUGAUUUGGACAGGAAAAACAGCUAACCCAGAAAACACCUUUCACUGUUAAUAAAAUACUACUAAUGAAGGUUAAAUCUUAACCAGUGGCGGCUGUUUUUUCUCUUGGGGGGGUGCACUUAUUUACCACCCCAGAAAGCAGAGAGGGCAAUGCCAAAACACAAGAAUUGAUGUACAUUAUGUUCACAACCAUUUUAUGUGCUUUGACUAUGUAUAACUACUAACUAGGUUACAUCUGAGCACUUCUGCUGAGUCAAAUACAUAAUUAAAUGCAGGUGAAUGUUACCAGUUAUUGAAUUUUCAUUUAUCUCCCCAGUGUUUGAUAUCUUUUGCUCCAGAUAAGAUAUAACUGGUACACACAAACCCUUAAAAUCUCCUUUUCCAUCAAUAAAUAAAUCAAGAAUGGAUAAAUAUGCAUACCUGUCUGAAUCCAGGCUUGAUCAGUUCCCUUGGUUUGGACAAACAGACAAGGUUUAGAGUUAGCAUCCAGUUAGCCAAGAUAUCUUCUCAUACCAGCUCCGUGAAAAAGACCGCGAAAAUCUCCUCCCUUUGUCUUCAGACUGCUGUGUAAUUAAUACGUCCGGCCGGUCAGUUCCGAGCUCCUUCACUCUACAUUCCUCCUGCAGUGUUCUCCUCUCGUACAGCAUUGUUUUCAGUGACUUUACUGAAUUUUCUCUCUCCAUUUUCUCCUUUUUUCGGCUCUUUCUGGGACUCCGGCGACACUCUGUGCUCUACAUCACUCGCUUGGUGGUUUUCUUUAAAGGCAACCGCUCGCUCUCUGCUGCCACCCCAUGGCCGGUGGUGAAAAGCAGUAAAGUAAAAGCGACCAGACGGAGACAGGAAGGCACGAUCAACUGCGCCCCGUUGUAAUGAAGAGGAAUGAACUGCGUGUGCCAAAGUUGUAACGAGCGUCAAUGGGGAAAGAUGUGUGCGCAUAGACAUAAGAAAGGCUAGACAACUCGAGGCGGAGUCACCGGCGUCCCUACACGGCGGCCAUCUUAUGUGCAUCUGCAUGAUCAAAACACUCUUAACUCGCUGAAAUCUUGACAGAUUUACAAAUGGUUUUGUUUAUUACAGACCUUAAUAACGUGGCUAUGAGUCAGGAUGCUUGGACAUAUUAAAACUGCAGAUUUUCUUUUAGAAAAAAAAGGCUUUAUUGUGCAGCACAGUAGUUUCACAGCUAUUUGUGCGCAAGAGCUAACUUUGAGUCGCUUUGCAUGAGUUGUCAAGGCUGAGACCACAAUCAAGAUUUUAAUUUCUUGUAUGACAGCCUAUUAUUUAUUAUUUUUAUUUUUAUUUAUUUAGUCUAAGUGACAGUCUUUGUGGAUGGUCUUGUGUUUAUCAGCUGUCUAACUUGGCUAACAGACUCGCUGUGAGUGAGACCAAGUACAUAUUACAAAGUUGACCCAGUAAUUUUACAUCAGUUAAAGAGACAGAAAUGCUCUUUGGACUCAACAAAAGUUAAGUUGCACAUGAUUUCCAAGCUGUUUGAUUUGUUAAAAACAUCUAAAAUGGCAACAUGAGGCAGAAAUUUAUAUAGAAAAUAAAAAUAUAUGUUAUUGUCAUAUGUUAUUAUAGUUAUCCCUAUAAUAGAAAUAUUACUAAUAAAACAUACAUGGAGUUAUGAAAUGUUUUACAUAUAAAUGAUUUAAUAUAACUGCCUUGUGCGUGUAGGCCUAUAGCGAUUGCUCUACCUAUCUGCUUAAUGUUUAUUUAUAAAAAUCCAUGGUUAAAAUUAUUCUUGAGUAUACAGGAACAUAACUAAAACUUGAGGUUUGUUACAAACCAAACCGUUUGAAAAUCAGUUUAAAAUUAAUCAAUCUAUGAUUAUUUAAAUGCUACAUGCACUGUAGACUGGAACGUUAUGAGUGGACGAGCGUCUCGUAGCAAGGACGUCCGUCUCUAUUGGCUAACAGCGUGCAUAAGCCAUUUGCCGUUUGUAUUUAUAUCUAUGGCUUAAAUGAUAGAUUUCGCAUGCUAACUGAACUGGAGUGGGAACCAACAAACCUCUGCCCAACAGAGAGAAGUAUAACGUGCUGGAACUAUUUUCCGUGGAAUGAUUCAAUGAGAUGUGUGACGAACGUUGAUCAUUUAGCAUAUGAACUAAAAUAACCGUCUUCCCAGUCGGCUAACUAGCAAGAAAGCUAGGUGACACAAUCAUUAAAAGUGUCUGUCUUUGGUUCUCUGCGUUUGGACUUGUUUCGCUACACUGAGGCCUACCUUUCUUUACUCGUAGAGACGGCUCAGUAUCCUACAUCCACAGGCCAAUGUCGCACUGCAUUUGAUCGUGUAACCCCACCGCGCUCGUUUAAUGAAGUCAGGAAACUUCACAAAAAAAGCCUUUACUUUCCGCCGAAUAAUCAAGUCUAAAACAGCAACAACUCAUACAAAAAUAAAAAAUAAAAUACAGGAGCAAAAACUGAAUAAUUCUCAAGACUAAGAAGAAAUACGUUCCCCUCUGAACUCACACAUAUUCUGCCUUUCAACAUGAUAUAAACAAAGUUAUUACCAGUUAAUGGUGCUUACAGUGAUUUUUAAUCUAUAACUGCUUGCUGUGAUCCCACAAGAAAUGCAAACUUCAACCAACUUGGCAUGUGAAAAAAUCUUAUAUAAAAUACUUUCAGGAGAAAUUUGAUUUUUUGAAAAAUGACCAAAAUGAGUCAUAAUUUACAUGUGAAGGGUUUGUGUGAUCCUGCAUUAAUCAUUAAUCACCUUAGACAGGUGAGAGAAGAAACGGGACGAAUGCAUGAAAAACAUCCACCACACCAGUCAUCACCUGUUCUCUCUGCUACCCUCAGGGAGGCGCUAUAGGGCACCGAGAGCCCGCACCUUCAGACUCAAAAACAGUGUCUUUCACAGAGCCAUAACUGAACUUAAUGUCAGGCCAAUAAAUGCAAUAAUGUGACCCUCUAUUUAUUCAUUUAUUUAUUAACAGUGCAAUAUGAGACUACGUGUAAUUACUUCUUAUUUAACAGUGCAAUAUGGGACUAAGCGCAGAUACUCCUCAUUUAACAGUGCAGUAUGGGUCCACGUAUGCAGCACUACUACAGUGACACAAUGGUCAAUGUUGAUCAACAUCUUUAUGUUUUAAAUAUGUCUUUUAACAUGGAUGAAUGCUGUCAAAUGUAUGCACUGUCGUACUUUUUGUUGUCCUUUUUGCAUUCAGGAUGGCACAACGAAAUUUCGUUGCUUUGUGCAAUGACAAAUAAAGUCUAUUCUAUUCUAUUCUAAUAUCUAACAUCAUCAUCUAGCAGUGAGGUUUCUUCAUGCUGCGUAAAGACAUCCAAAUACACAAAUAAAAAACCAGAGAAUAACGGCCAUCUGAGUCCUGGUUUCAUCCUCUACAAAGACUGGUUAUUUCUGCCCAUCCUCACUGUAAACCCCUCUGCUUCGGUCAGCAGCGGGGUUUCUCCUCCUCGCUGCCCGGCCCGCUGACAAAGAGUCUCUUGAGGAAGAGGAGCUGCAGGUACCCCGAGGUGACGAUGAGGAGGCUGAGGGCUGUAGACCACCAGCUGAUGUACUGUGAAUUGGACCGGAGCAGAUAGUAGUCAGCGCUCUUCCUCAUACGGCCGAAGGUGUAGAAGCGAAAUAUGUGGAAGACGUGGCUCUCCACUUUGUGACUCAAUUCCUGGAAAACAUAAUGAUUCUAUUAAUUUUAUUAUUUUUCAACCUUUUUAAAAGAGCUCUAUUUUCUAUGUCUUUCAUUUUCAUACACUGCAAAAUAUUUCCUACCUACCUGUGGCAAUAAACUUUUCACUUCACGGUAUUGUGUAUGAUUAACUAUAACCAGCUCUCCUGGACUAGAGAGAUUGUAGGUGUCAUAGUUUGUUCUUUCAAUCAGGCUAAAGGCGCUACAUUGAUAAAGCCGUAAAUAUCCUCAGAGUCCUGUGUGUCAGUUGAAGCUCUUCUCUCAUGUUUCCGCUCUGAGAAUAAGGCAGGGUUUAUCACUUGAUAUACAACCAGUCACCAGGGGGUGCUGUUCUCACGGAGGCUUCUUCACCCAGCAAGGAGGCAGAUGACGUCCAUUUUACAUACAUUCUCUUGGCAGGACAUCAGGUAAGUGAGGAAAGUUUGAUCAUAGCUGUCAUAAGUUUUCACUCUGGGCUGAAAGAAGUGCUUUACUCUGUAUGUCAGGAGAGUGUCUUUGUUUGAAAUAUUUAGCAGUUUAGAGCUGUCCUGCAUGCUCUCUCAUCAACCCUGAAUCUGCCAGUAGGUUAGUGUCCCAGGAGGAAUCAGUAGAAGAUGGACGGCAGAGUUAUUGUGUCCCAGCCACAGAAAUAAUAGAUCCAAAGCACAGUAGCUAGUUAGCUAGAUAAAGUCUCAGUAUUUGUUGGUUUGUAUUUGUUCACAGUACAACACCAUUAUCUUUUUGACUGUUACUAUUUGAGCAGAUCAGCGUUCUACUGAGAAGGUAUUAGAUGGAUAUGGAAGUGAAGGGAGAUGGGCAGACAUGCUGCCAGAGGAAGAGCAUUUUGUGUAGUUCUUUUCUCUCCCUGCCUCGAGGUAGAGGGUUUCUACCUUUAUCAGCAGUGAUUCCCAGUUAAGAGGAAAGUUAGCUGACAGAUUCUGCUAAAUCUUGACUCCUGAAAUGGUUCAUAGAAAUGAUCUGGAUGAAUCAUUAUUAACUGUCCUGUAUCAGUAUUUAAACUACCCUGAGUCUCAUGAGUUUUCCCUGAGUACAUAUCUCAAAGUGUCAUAAAGGUCAAUAUUUUAGAAGUAUAUUUAUUUGUUUAAAGAUAAACUGUCCUUUUGUGAGUUUCAGGCCCUGCCCCUCUAAAAUCUUACGCAUGUCUCUGCUUAAGGAUAUGACUGCAACAAGGACUCUCACCAAAGUCAAGUAAGUACAUGUUUAAAGGAGUGUUGUUGUCUGAGCCAUUUAGACUAUGAUAAUGGGCUGUGAUUAGGACCAUCUAGUGGUCUGAUUGUAGAACUACAUCAUGUGAUCUGUGUGAAAUCUGCACUGACUUGUUUCUUGAUCGGACAGGUUCUGACGUCACUCUGAAGUUAUGAGGAUGUGACAGUGUCCUCGGAUCAAACGCUCACAGACACCAGGACUGACGAGGGACAAACGAGCAGCUUCUUCUCUCCACACAUGAAGGUGGAAAGUGUCUGUAAGCUGACCUGAACUCUCUUCAACAGGUGAGGAUCCUUCCAGAGAAAUCUGAUCAUGUCUGAGGAUCAGGAUCUGUGUGCUCACAUGGUGCUGGAUCACUGUUGAAGUGUAGAAAUCUUUCUUGAUGCUGAUUGGCUGUUUGACACAUGUUGUAGAAUUUCUCUCUGAGUUAAAGAGCAGUGAUUUCAGACAGAUCCACCUGCUCUAUAGUUGGUGUUUGUGGAGUCGACUCAGCAGCAGUUCGACAGUAAUCUGAGUCACACCAUCAGGGAAAAAUGCAGGGAGUGUCUGAACUGGUCUGACAGCCUGGAUCGACUUGGCUCAGGUGCUUUUAUUUUGAAACGGUUAAUACUCUGAGGUGAAGGGUUCAGAGUUCAGAUCACUUUGAGCACUAAGACUGACUCAUUUUACUGGAGACAUGGCAGGGUGUAAGCCUCAGUGGUCCCAGAAGUUUCAGAUAAUUGCAGAUGGACCAGAGCCAGUCCAGGUUUGGAAGUGGACUCAGUGUUUGAUUGAGACCCCUCAGCUGUCAGGGGCCGCUAUAAGACAGAAAAUGAGCCAUCCUAUGUCAGUGUUUGAUAUUUGUCCAACUUUGAAAACUUAUAAUCAAAACUAAAGAUUUUUUUUAAUCAAGCUAAUAAAACAUUUUGAUUUAAAGAGACUUUUUUUAUUUUACUUUUAUUCAUUUGAACAACAGUGUUUAUGUUAAAGAUAAUUGUGAUGACCACAGUUUAUUUAUGGGAGAGUCUGGGGGCUGUAACUGAUUCUGGACUCAUCAGAUCCUGUUUGAGGCUCCAACAAGGUUUCUGUCUGUCCUGAAUAUUUGUGUCAUGUUAUUGAGAGGAAUGAGAACUGAAGUGUCCUGUGGUGUAAAGCUUGUUGUACUGACUGAGGAUGUUGUUGUGUUUGUGUGAAGGUGGGGGCUCUGCUAUGAAUCAGUGUGAAGACAGAGAGGAGGGGGCCCCACCCUCUAAAACCACUCUGUGGGGGGAACAUGAGAGCCAGACCAAAGCUCAGAGGUGAGAUGAGGAUCUCCAACUAUCCAUGACUCUUCUCCAUGUCGGAGCUCAGCACUCACAUCACUCCACCAUCACUAUUAUUCACACUCAGACCUCUGUCUGUCUGUCUGUCUGUCUGUCUGUCUGUCUGUCUGUCUGUCUAAGACCUGAACAGCAGUAUAGACCAGACUCCCCUGGACCUAGACCUGGACCCAGCUGUCUGUCCUUCCUGAGUGACUGGUCUAAGGGUGGAUAUAUUGAUUUCAAAGAUGGACAUCAGUCUGAUCGUCAAAAGUAAUAAUCUAUAACAGCAGCACUCAAACCUGGAAGAUUUUCAGUGUUCUUGUUUCUUCAUCAGUGUUUGUGUUUCUGUCAGAGUCAAACAUGAGAGACCAGACUCUCCUGGACCUGGACCUGGACCCAGCUGUGUGUCCUUCAAUAGUGACGGGUCAAUGUUCAGACUUCAUGAUUUCAAAGAAGGAGAGAUUUGUGAUGAGCAAAGGUGAGCCUUUCAAACUGAACUUUCUUUUGUUGUGUGUGAAACUUUUCAUCCUAACUGUGGUCAGUGUUUUCUCUGUGAAGGUGAAGAUUUUUCAGGGUUUGUGUUUCUAUCAGGAUCCAACAGCAGUAAACAGGAUCUGAGCCAGAAAGACCUGGACUCUGCAUGUAUCUUCAUGUGUGUCCUGUGUCUGUAGGAGGAUCCAGCAGUGUUUCUACCAGGAUCCUCUAGAUAGACUCUCUCACAUGUAACCCUGUGUCUCCUUAUAUUAUAUCCACUACAUUAGAUUCUGUUUGUUCCACAGAGUUCAGCAGCAGAGAUCAGAGGUUCCCAUUGGUCAGUCUGCCCAGCAGCAUCAAACACAGCUGGACUCCAUAUUUAUGGUAGGUGUAAAUGUACAAACACAGCUCCUACUGAUCAUCAGAGCAGACACUCAGUAUAUUUGGAGGUUUCUGGAUUGUUUCCUAAUGACUCUGCAAACAUCAUCUCUGCCUGAAUUAUCUUCACACUCACAGUUUGACUGAUUGAAUGAAGCCUCACAUUUAUGACCUGCACAGAGUCAGAGGUCAGAGGUCAUGGUGGAUGGUGGUCUCACACAGACUCAGACUUUGGCAGCAGAGAGCAGAGUUCACAAACUGAGUCCAGUUUGAGGUUUAAAGAACAGAAAGACUUUGGUUCAUGUCGAUGACAGCUGCUGCUUUCAUCUUCAUUCUAAUAAACACAUCACCUCUAAAGUCACUGCAGACUUUUUCUCCAUGAAACCACACCAGGAGGUUUCUCCAAUUUGAAGGUCAGGUCAUAGAAACUGGAUUUGUAGAAGACAGGACCAUCCACAAAGUCAGUCCUGAAGCAGCAUUGUGAUCCAGUCUCCAUGCUGGACUCUGCAGACCAGCAGGCUUUCUGUCUGUCACAGAUGAUCUGAUGUUCAGUUCUACAAGUUCAAGUUCACAUUUUGUUCUGUUCCAGCUGCUCCAGGAGAACAUGAUCAGCUUUGUAAAGGAGCAGCUGAAGGAGAUCCAGAGAGUUCUGAGUCCAGAUGAACCAGAAUACUUAGAGAGUCCGAGGGAGGAUGAGGAUGAAGAGCAGAGGAGGAGCAGAGAGGCAUUUCUGAAGAUCACUGUGAACUUCCUGAGAAGAAUGAAGCAGGAGGAGCUGGCUGACUGUCUGCAGAGAAGUAAGAGGAUUUGAAGAGAUUUAACAUGAUGGAGACAACAUGGGAGAGGUUUAGCGUUCAGACUCUGCUGUUCAUAUGAUGCACACAUUUGUAUCACAUCUAUGAACUGAGAGAAACUGAUCACAGCUGAUGAGCUGAAGAGAUUUCAGAGAGGAGGGAAAUCAAAUCCAUCCUGAUGUCUUCAAGUGUAAAUUCAUCAGACUGAUUGUAGCUUCAGAUGAUUCAUCACAUUUCUUUUUGUUCAUUCAGGAUCUGCUGCUGCAGAGAGCCGACACAAACUCAAGUCCAACCUGAAGGAGAAGUUCCAGUGUGUGUUUGAGGGGAUUGCUAAAGCAGGAAACCCAACCCUUCUGAACCAGAUCUACACAGACCUCUACAUCACAGAGGGAGGGACUGGAGAGGUCAACCAUGAACAUGAGGUCAGACAGAUUGAAACGGCAUCCAGGAGAGCAGAGCGACCAGAAACAACCAUCAGACAAGAAGACAUCUUUAAAGGCCCACCUGGAAGACAGGAACCAAUCAGAACAGUGAUGACAAAGGGAGUGGCUGGCAUUGGGAAAACCGUCUUAACACAGAAGUGGACUCUGGACUGGGCUGAAGACAAAGACAACCAGGACAUCCACUUCACAUUUCCAUUCACCUUCAGAGAGCUGAAUGUGCUGAAAGAGAAGAAGUUCAGCUUGGUGGGACUUGUUCAUCACUUCUUCACUCAAACCAAAGAAGCAGGAAUCUGCAGCUUUCAAGACUUCAGGGUUGUGUUCAUCUUUGACGGUCUGGAUGAGUGUCGACUUCCUCUGGACUUCCACAACAAUCAGGUCCUGACUGAUGUUACAGAGUCCAGCUCAGUGGAUGUGCUGCUGACAAACCUCAUCAGGGGGAACCUGCUUCCCUCUGGUCGCCUCUGGAUAACCACAAGACCUGCAGCAGCCAAUCAGAUCCCUUCUGAGUGUGUUGACAUGGUGACAGAGGUCAGAGGGUUCACUGACCCUCAGAAGGAGGAGUACUUCAGGAAGAGAUUCAGAGAUGAGGAGCAGGCCAGCACAAUCAUCUCCCACAUCAAGACAUCCAGAAGCCUCCACAUCAUGUGCCACAUCCCGGUCUUCUGCUGGAUCACUGCUACAGUUCUGGAGGAUCUGCUGAAGACCAGAGAGGGAGGAGAGCUGCCCAAGACCCUGACUCAGAUGUACAUCCACUUCCUGGUGGUUCAGUCCAAACUGAAGAACAUCAAGUAUGAUGGAGGAGCUGAGACUGAUCCACACUGGAGUCCAGAGAGCAGGGAGAUGAUUGAGUCUCUGGGAAAACUGGCUUUUGAGCAGCUGCAGAAAGGAAACCUGAUCUUCUAUGACUCAGACCUGACUCAGUGUGGCAUGGAUAUCAGAGCAGCCUCAGUGUACUCAGGAGUGUUCACACAGAUCUUUAGAGAGGAGAGAGGACUGUACCAGGACAAGGUGUUCUGCUUCGUCCAUCUGAGUGUUCAGGAGUUUCUGGCUGCUCUUCAUGUCCACCUGACCAUUACCAACUCUGGAGUCAACCUGAUGAAAGAAGAACAACAAACAACAUCUUCAAUCUCUAAAAUCUUCAGUGUCAAAUCAAAACUGAAACAUCUCUAUCAGAGUGCUGUAGACCAGGCCUUACAGAGUCUGAACGGACACCUGGAUUUAUUUCUACGUUUCCUCCUGGGUCUUUCACAGCAAACCAGUCAGGAUCUCCUGAGAGGUCUGCUGACACACACAGGAAGUAGCUCACAGACCAAUCAAGAAACAGUCCAGUACAUCAAGAAGAAGAUCAGUAAGGAUCUGUCUGCAGAGAAAAGCAUCAAUCUGUUCCACUGUCUGAAUGAACUGAACGAUCGUUCUCUAGUGGAGGAGAUCCAACAGUCCCUGAGAUCAGGACGUCUCUCCACAAAGAAACUGUCUCCUGCUCAGUGGUCAGCUCUGGUCUUCAUCUUACUGUCAUCAGAAAAAGAUCUGGACGUGUUUGACCUGAAGAAAUACUCUGCUUCAGAGGAGGCUCUUCUGAGGCUGCUGCCAGUGGUCAAAGCCUCCAACAAAGCUCUGUAGGUGGACACAUGAGAGAUGAAACUUGAUGGUUCAUGAGAGAUGAAACUUUGUGUCUGUGUUAAUCACUGAAUCUUCUUCAGGCUGAGUGGAUGUAACCUGUCAGAGAGAAGCUGUGAAGCUCUGUCCUCAGUCCUCAGCUCUCAGUCCUUCAGUCUGAGAGACCUGGACCUGAGUCACAAUGACCUGCAGGAUUCAGGAGUGAAGCUGCUGUCUGCUGGACUGAAGAGUCCUCACUGUAAACUGGAAACUCUCAGGUCAGGUUUUCUGCUGAUUGAGUUUUAUAGCUGUUUGAAUGAACUUGUCUAAAGUUGGUACACUUUUCCUUGUUUUAUAUAUUUUUUCUGACUCCAGGUUAUCAGGCUGCCUGAUCACAGAAGAAGGUUGUGCUUCUCUGGCCUCAGCUCUGAGCUCCAACCCCUCACACCUGAGAGAGCUGGACCUGAGCUACAAUCAUCCUGGAGACUCAGGAGUAAAACUACUUUCUGCUGGACUGGAGGAUCCUCUAUGGAGACUGGAUACACUGAGGUAUAACCAGACUGUUACUGGGUCACAGACAACUACAGACAUAAUUGGUUUCUGCUGCCUGAGGUCUUCACUUAGCAGAUCAUUAUUGUGGACCAUCUUUCUGAAGGACUCUUGGAUGUGAACUGUUUCAUCCUGGAUAGUAGCUCUGAUGCUCAUUAGUUCUCAGACUUCCUCCUUCCUCUUAGUGUAGAUCCUCAGGGUUCUGGAUUCAGGGUGAAGACCUCUAUUUGAGUAUUUUGAGGAGCUUUCUUGUCUUGAUGUCAGUGGUCUUUAUUUAUAUAUAUAAAGAACCAUUAUUAAAUGCUCUUUAUGGAUGACCGUAAGAGUCACAGAAAUUAAAAUAAAGUAUUUUUCAUUGAAAAGGUUAUUGUUCUAUUAAAACAGGAAUUCAUAAAGUGGUUUCCAAAUUCAUGAGUUCAUCCAUGAACAAAUCCAGGAAUUAUAAAAAGAUUCUACAAAUGAAUCUGUACAAAAGUUUAUUCUUUGACCCUUCGUUUCUGUAAAUUUUAUGCUCCAUCCGCCUACUUUGUCUUCAAAACAGAUAAGUGUUGAUUAAAUAAUCAUUUUUAAACUUUUUUUUUAUUUUCUACUCAUAUCCCUUAAACAACUUCAGCCCUAAUCAUUAAAAAACAAAACUUUCAAAAUUCGACAUGUGACCAUUUUCUAUGCCAGUUUCUGUGCAACAUGUCACUGUUAUUUUUAACAGUAAAAAACAGAGAAAAAAAAGAGAAGUAAAGAAGUGAAUUGACAAACUGAAGUAAGAAUACAGCUUUUAAUCAGACAUUUAAAGGACAAUUCCUCUUUUUAUUUCCAUUUCCUGUCUGCUUUUCCUUUUCCUGUUAGCUAAUCGAUUAUCAAAGUCUUUUAUCUUUCCGUUCCUACUCUCCAUUUUUCCUUCCCUCACACUUUGGGCCUUGAGCUGGUAAAACCAGGUAAAACAGUGAAGAUGAUCCAUGAAACAAGCUCUCUGAUUGGUUAUAACCUGGCCUAUUACAUGCAGAUGUCUGCAGGGAGGUGAAGAUGGUGGAAGAUGAGGAAGAAUAGACCUUAUCCAGUGUUCCAGGUGGAAAGAGGUCCAAACCUGGAUAUUGUGACUCUGUGGUCAUUUCUCAGCUCCCUGAUUGAUGAACAGACACACAGACUAAAAACAGAGAUGAUCAGGAGAGAGAUGGGCUCAUAUUUGAAGUUCAAACACAUUUGACAGUCCUUUAGCCCACGUCAGAACUCAGAGAAGAUGCUUUAUUACACCUGAUAUUAGAGCUACAGAGAAACACCUCCUUCAUACAUCCACCCUCAGUCAGAAACAUGGACUCAAAGUACUGGCUGCAGAAGUGGGUUCAAAGGAGAUCAGAUAGUCUUCAUUGAGCUUCAUCAGCUGAGCUCUACUGCUUUACUGGCACAGCUACAUUCAGUGAGAGCAGCAGCAGACCUGUCAGUCAUGAUCAGGUAAGCUGAGGGGCUGUUUGAGGACAUGCACUGACUUUGCUCCACUUCCUGUCCAUCCCAAAUUGCAGGAAAUCCACCUGCUGUUCCAGGUGUGAUGCUCCUACUCCCUCUGCUCUAGCUGACUCUGAAUGAUCCAAGAAGAGCCUCACACACUCACAUGAGUUCAUCUGAGAGCUUUCAUUUCAUCUUCAUAUUUAGAAGAAGAGAGCCCACUACUUCAUCUCUCUAUCUGCAGACAAGCUUUCAAGUCUAUUUAGAAGGAGCUUUUUAGACCAAAGUGUGGACAGCUGUCCUAAAAGAAGAAAUGAAGGUCUUUUUCCAAAGGGUCCAAAUCAAGUCUCCAUGUUGUAGGACAGACCAACAGCCAGCCUUUGCUCUUUGAAUCUUGUUGUUUUUCUUGAGUUUCUGUCAGAAAGACUCAGAAAAAGUGACAGAGUGAUGGAGACUGUUGGCUCAGAUGAGUUUUAGCCUGUUUCUCUGUCACAGGGACAAACUGAGGAACUCUGCUUCAUGUUGGACAGCAGGUAGGACUCAUGUUGGACACUCAAUCAUUCUGACUGUGUUUCUUCCUCCAGGGUGGACCAUGGUGGAGAGCAGUGGUUAAAACCUGGUCUGAAGAAGUGUAAGUGUGGAAUCAGUUUGACUCCUGAUGACCAAACAGCAGACUGUCAGCUAACAAAGAAGAAAGCCUUCAGGUGUGUCUGAUGAUAACCUGCUGCUGUGUUGUGUCUUUUUCUCUCUGUCAGAUUUCUGUGAACUCACACUGGACUCAAACACAGUAAACAGAUUCCUCAGGCUGUCUGAAAACAACAGGAAGGUGACAUAUGUGGGAAAGUAUCAGUCAUAUCCUGAUCAUCCAGACAGAUUUGACUUCUGGGCUCAGCUUCUGUGUAGAGAUGGUCUGACUGGUCGCUGUUACUGGGAGGUCGAGUGGAGAGGAAAGGUUUAUAUAUCAGUGAGUUACAGAGGAAUCAGAAGGAAAGGAGAGAGUUAUGACUGUAUUUUUGGAUCUAAUGAUCAGUCCUGGAGUCUGUUCUGCUCUGAUGAAGGUUACUCUGUCCUUCACAAUCACAUAGAAACAGACGUCCGUCUCCCCUCGUCCUCUGUCUCUCACAGAGUAGCAGUGUAUGUGGACCGUCCUGCUGGUACUCUGUCCUUCUACAGCGUCUCCUCUGACACACUGAUCCACCUCCACACCUUCAACACCACCUUCACUCAACCUCUCUAUCCUGGGUUUGGGUUCUGGUCCUGUCCUGGUUCCUCAGUGAGUUUGUGUUCUGUGUAGGAGGGAGAGUCUCCUCCUCUCUACACAAACAGCAGCUGAAGAACAGUUGA